ACAUUAACAUGCAAAAAACAACAUAAGUCACGGAAAACCAAAUCAUGCCAAAAUAAGGAAUUCACAAACUGUUUGGGAAUUGGCAAGGAAUGAUGCGUUGGGCCCGUGCAGGCGUGCUAACCUGGCGAUGGGGCAGACUUGUGGAUUUAGAGGGAUAACAAUGGAAAAGUUGUGUUUGUGAACAGGUUUUUGCCCCCAAAAAGUUGUUGUUUCGCUUUUCCUCCCAGCACGGAUGUGGUUUCCCGGAAUCGACAACAUGUAAGUUUGGAGAAUCCUGAAGCACCAAACUUUCUCUGAGCCUUUUUAUCACUAAAUAUGCUUUUGAAGUUUGAUACCUUGCCAACAAAUAAGCUUUAAAAACGUGUGGUUUUCGUGCCGUUAGUUUGCAGGGGGAGAAUGGACCACUUCUCCAAAAGGUGUUUGGAUUUGUGAUACGGGUGGAGUGAAAAUGUAUCUGUGAAAUCAGACAAAGAAAGACAUGAACAAUGGCAGAAAAGGAGAGGAAGAAUGCAGCCGUCUAUCGCAGCGUUUCUAUCAAAAAGUUGGGGUCCUGGAGCACCAACAGGAGUGAGGACCAGCAACCUAAAUCAGAGGAUUUAGAGGCAGCUGGCGUCGCCCUUCCCCUGGAGCCCAACAAAGCAGAACAAUCCCUGGCGACGCGUAAUGUCAGUGUGUCAAGAAAAGUUUCCAAAAUCACUGCCACCACCACCGCCAGCCUCCCAACCGCAGAUUCAAAGCGAGGCUCCUCCACUGCUCUCUCCCCUAUUUCUCCAUCUAUCCGCCAGCUCACAGAGAGAUUCAACAGUAGCGGCUCCUCCAGGACGCACAGAGCCUCACCGAGAGACGGCGCAGCAGUGACGCGGGGGAGCAGCACUCUUCUCCGGGACAGGGGCUCCAGGAGUGACCCCUCGCCGUCUCGUUUAACUUUUCACGAGGACAGCAUCGGUGGAUCUUUACAGGACAACGAAUCUAUCACAACUCGUGAUUUAAUCGCAGACAAUAAGGUGCCAAAGUUUCACUCUGGCACUGACUCAGUGUCAGGCUCGGACUCGGAGAGAAAAAGGGAAAAGCGGAUUUUUACACGUUUGUCAACCGACAGCAACUCUGGUAAGAGAGAUUAUACACAGAUCGAUGCAUGUCCUUCUUAUCCCAGCAAGACUGUGAUCGCAGAUGAGGAAGAGGAUGUUACCGUCCGAGGGGCUCCCCCACCCUGUAAAUCCCACAGAAGUUAUCUUUCUACACACCAUAGUAAUUUCACUCCCCUGCACUCGGACAAGUGGCCCAGUGUCACCAAAAUUAGACAAAUUUUUGAUGAGAGACAAAGCCCAUCUAAGCAGCAGUGUAAGAGUGACAUUUGUGAGAAUUUAAAAUCAGCAGGCAGAGGCUCUUUACAAGAGCUCAGCCACAGUGAGAGUUCUCCUCUUUCAGACAAAAGUGACAAACCCUCAACUUGUUGCCCUGCUAAUGAUACCAGUACUCAGUCUUUGCAUGGAAAACACAGAGUGGAAGCCCAAAGACAAGAAAACAGUGCAGCUAAAGAGGCGUCAUUUCAAGGUAUGGACUUAUGCUCUGAAACUGAUAGGCAGCAUUUCUCAAAGGAUGACAGGGCAGACAUAGAGACAAGACAUUUCAAAACCAACACAGCUUCUUGUAAAAGUACUUUUCAAAGCAGCAGCAGUAGCAGUCACAGUUGCACUGGGUGUAAUCAGCACCAGAGGAUUAAACCAUCCCCAUGCAGGUCCCGUAGUCCCAGCACUGAAGCAGAGGCUACCCAUGAGACCCACAGGACUACAGGGUUGACAUCUGACCCCAGCCCUGACCUUCAACCCCCUGCUACUUCGUCUUGGAGUCAAUCCCUCAGUUCAGACACCUCCUCCUGCUCCUCCUCUCUUCUGCAGCCGACCGUUAGGGAGAGAAGGGAUAGACAGGGGGUCGGGCUGCCCAGGGAUAGUUUACAUUCCUCACAUAGCUCCUCUAGAGCGCCAGCCCCUACCUCCUCCUCCUCCCCUGCUCCAGCUCCAGAUAAAGCCAUUACCUCCUUCUCUACUGUAGCUCCCUCCUCUGAGCAAAGAGCCCCAACUAGAGUUGUCUCUUCUAUCAGCUCCCGCUGGAGAUUCAGCUCUGGAGACGAAGAGGAAAAGUGUACCAGGAGAAGGAGAGGUGGUGCAGGAGGCAGUUGGGGUGGUCCUUCCGGCCCGGCUCCUUCUGUCUCCUGUAGACCAGGGGAAAGGGGUGCCACAGAGCGAGGGGGUAGCUAUUUAUCCCGCACUAAAAAUGGCUGGUGGGGCGCAAAGAGCAUUGGUAGGUCUUCAGGCAGUGAGGAGGACAGUCCUGGUUCUUUAGGCCCCCACAGUCGGGAAGCAGUACGCCGUCGCUCACUGAGAAAGAAGAAGAAAGUUAGUGGUGCUCCAGCAACAGGGCGUGAUGAAUAUGAAGAUCAUGAUGGCGAAUCUGAAGACAGUGACAGUGACACAGCCUUGACAAUGGAGCACUUAGAGAGGCGCCACCAGCAAAACACAGAGGGAGCAGGAACACUAUCUCGCAGCCACUCUGCAAGACUACCCAGUAGUAACAGUAACAGAGCCAGGGUGCAACAAUGGGAGCGCAUCUCCUCACCAGUGACAUCCAAGACACUUCCUGGCGUAUCACGAGUGUCAAAGGUCAAUAUUCCUCCAUUUGUUUCCAGCCCUGGUGGUUCACGUUGCAGCAGCCGAUACUCCAGCACUGAGACACUGAAGGAGGAGGACCAGGCUAGCUGUGCCAACCGUGCACCAAAUGUGUUUGCCAACCAAGGAGGACCAGGAAGCAGGACUGCAUCUUCAUCCGUGCUGAGUAAAACUUACCAUGGCAAUUUCACCAUGUAUCGCUCCCCAAGUUUUGGCCACGGAGAUAACUUUUCCCAUGCCCCUGUGCGGGUGCGACCCAAAAUUGUGCCUACAGUUGUCCCCUCACCUAGUUUGCCUGCCAGAGAAUGUGAGGUCCCCGCAGGAGUUAGGGGUGAAGGGACUACGGCACUCAGGAGGACAAUUGGUAGGGAUAUAGUGGAUGAUAACGGCACUAAUCGAAUAUCCAUGUCCAACCCAGAUAUCGCCUCAGAAACUAUGUCACUCUUAAGUUUCCUGAAAUCUGACCUGUCAGAGCUUAAGGUGCGGAAAACAGGUGGGGACAAGUCAGGGGCUGUGGAGGGAUCAUCAGUGUACAGGAUGGGGUCAAGGACCCACGGGGGUACGCUUCUACCAUCUGGACACCGCCCAUCCUUGAAAGACUUGACUGCCACCCUGCGGCGUGCAAAAUCCUUCACUUGUGCAGAUAAACCGUCAACAGUCAGGAGGUGUUACUUAACUGGUAGUACCACAAAGAGGAGCUCCUCUGAGCAGCAGCUUGACAUGGAUGAAGAGAGGGAUGGAGGCAGGGUGUCUGUGUCAGACCGGGAAGUAGAAAGUGAUGGGGGUGAUUUUAGGGUUGGGAGAGGUCAAAGAUUGAGGGACUUUGGAUUUAAUGAUGACGACGAGGAGGUGAUUCCUCCAUUGCAGGAGAGAUAUGUGCUGGAAGCCAGGCAGGUUAUUCGAGAUAUCUGUCAGAUGAGUUCAAGGGAAGAUGAUGAUGAUGAAGAUGUGAGGAAAGCUGACCGCUAUUUGAAGAAUGAGUUCAAGAAAACUAAUGAGGAAAAGGAGAAACUAGAAGUGAGUGUAAAGAACGAGGAAUGGAAAGAUCAAGGGGCUAAGUUAAAGAACACAAAAGACAGGGAUAAACAUGAGAGGGAGAGAGAGAACAAGGAGAGGGAGAGUGGUGAGAGGGAUGGACAAAGUAUGCAGCUGGAGAAGCUAAACAGCCGUGGCACAGAGUACAGGGAGAAGGCAAAGAGACUGAGCAGAGAGACAGGGAGAGCCUUACUCAAGGGCGACUCGGAGGUAAGCAUGUCCUAUGACCGGUCUGUUGAUGAACUUUCAGGCCACGAGUCUAGUUUGACAGACGAAGGGAUUGUAACGGAGCCAGAGACAGGCCCCAGUGAUCCCGUUGAGAGGUCAUUCCAGGGGUCAUCUGGAGUUAAUGUGGGGUCACAGGUUGCCAGGGAUGUGCUAGGGCAGCCAGUCACCAUAUGGAAGCAAUCAGCUCUUCAUGAGGCAGAAGUGUUGAUGCUGGAAAAAGAAGGGAUGACGGAGAAUGGCAUAAAUUGUCCAGAUGAAGUCAGCGUGCCUUCGUCCUUUUCUAUUCCUACCCUGAUGGUUGAGAGUGACAGUGACGUCAUGGAGCUCUGCAGUACUGAAGAGAUUUACACCAACAGUGCAGUUUUGCAGAGGUCAGCAGGUCCCACAGGAGGAGGAGGACCUGAAUCCCAUUCAACUCCAAGUGCUAUCCGUCGGAGGCGCAAGUUCUCUCCUACUGGUAAUAACAACCCAGGCUCUGAUUCCAGUAAUAGCAGUAAUGCAGAGUCAACAAUAGCAGCUGGUGGAAAUGGGGAGUCCACAGUGUACCGCUCCCUCAGUGACCCCAUGCCUCAGCGGCGCUGUUCUUUGGCGGAGGAUGGAAACAAUUUUUCCUCUGUGGACAGCAACCUGUUAGGAUCUCUAUCUGUCAAAGGAGGAGGGGCUCCAGAGGCCUCUGUUGCAGCUGCUUUAUCUGAAUAUAAAGGGAGUAUGGCUAGUGACCUGUCUGUUUACAGUGAUGGUGGGCUUCGAGAUGAAAGCGUUGGUGACUACAGUGGGGUGAUCAGGAGUAUCGUAGCUGAGCCAGGUGCAAUGGACAGACUAAUGACAGAUGACCAUAGCAAUGGCAAAGCCCCGAAGAAGAAAUCAUUCAGUGACCCCAGUCGCCGUAGCGAUACCCCUUUACUUUCCCAGAAUGACCCUCAGUUGAAAGGUCAGACAGGCAGUACUCAGCCAAUAAGUGAACUAGAUCAACCUGGCCAGAUCCCACCUUCAAGCAGUGAGCCAAUCCUGAGUGAGCAGAGAGAGAAACUGUGGGAACCAGAAGUUACAUCUCAACCAGCAGUGCUGACACAGCCACAUCCCCUUAACACCUGCAGUAACAAAGUCAAGGUUCGUUCUCAAUCUGAACCUGUCCACUCUGAAAAUCUUGAUGAUGAAGAUGAUGAUGUAAUAGACCAGGGUGAGGAAGAGCAAGAGCUGGAAAAGUUUAACUUUGACCUCAAGUUAGCUGGGGUUCUGUCUCCCAGAAUGGUUCGUCGGCCUGCCAGAAAGCGUCCAAACAGGACGGCUCAGUUUUUCUCUCAUGAGGACCCAUUUGAGCCCCAAGAAGUGGGUUCAGAGGAGCAAGAAGAUAACAGCGACACAAAUGACCUCACCCCUCCUCUUCCUCCUCCCCCUCUUCAAUCCAAAACCAGACCCAAGCAUGUCCGCCAUGCCAGCGAACCCACCACAUUUAUACCCAUCUCCCCACCGCCACAGCUCCAAGCACUGAGGGAAGCAGACUGCCUCACUGUUGGACCCACAACUGAGAGUCCUGCCUCGACCAAGCCUCCAGGAGACCAGACCCCAUCUCUGGAGGAUGUGACACAGAAAUAUAUUCUGGAUCUGGGCACUGCUGAGAAAGACACUGAGGGCCAGGUAUCUUCCCCAGCAGCUAGGGAUGGAGCUGAAGUCUCUAUGUCAGCUUCAGAAGGGCCCACUGAAUCCAGCACUAGUGGAAUUAUAAAAGCUGGACCCCAGAAGAAGAACACAGAGGACUCUGCAUCCACAGCUAUGCCACAGAGGACCAAACCUAGAGUGGUGAGUGCACAUUUUUCUUUACUGCUUUCAUUGCUGUGUCUGCAAGUGCAAAGAUGUGGAGCUUGUUGCAUGGAUUUUAAGUGAGAGAUAUUUGACGGAGAGUGAGAGGUGAUAUGGAAUAGUUCUGUCUGGAGUAUAACUGACAAGGCUUUAUGCACAAAAAUGAAAGAUCAGGGUUGUGGUGGAGACACUCCUUUUGAAACAGCCCAUAAUGUUGCCUUGUACACUUGCUUUGUUCACACGGUAUUAUAACAGUACACAAAGAUGAGCUUUCAUGAUGCUCUGUGGAUCAGAGCUCUUGUGGUUACUUUCAGUGUGCAUUUGGGAGUGGUAUACUGGAAUACAAAAGCCAUUAAAGGCUGAGCAGUGUUAAACAAACAUCAGAGGAUGUUAUUAGUUUGAUUAAACAAAUCUCAGACAAAGGACAGUGAGGAGUGUAAGAAGGCCUGCUAACAGAGUGUGUCUGUUUUUCAUGUAUUUGUUUAAUCUAAUAUUGAUUGUCUCUGUGCUAAGAUUAUAGUCAUUGAGAGCGAAUAUUAUAAACAGUUCACCUAAACAUAGAUUGGGUGUGUGAUGCCUGAAAUGCUGCAUUUUCUCAGCAGUGUCUAAACACUGGAAACCUCUUUCUGGCUUGUUAUAUAACAACAGUGUAAAGGUUAAGUGAUUGAACAGUGACGAAGAACCUAUAUUGGGAUGAUUAUAAAAACGAGAGAACUGACAUAAUGCAAUAAAUUAAGCGCAUAUUUUUCUCUACUUUUUGCAAACAUGCAUCCACUCGGUUUGUUAGGAGUAAACACCCACAACAUUCGAGUGGAAUCAUCCUCAAGACCAGCAGGAGCUUAAUCCGUCUGUCUUUGUAUGUUUUUAUAUACGCACAGUCCUCUAUUCUGUGGAGAGUGUUAUUCAGGUCCAUGCACCUUUCUUGCCAGACACACAUACACACACCUGCCUGAAGUCGAACCCAUUAUACCGUCAUGGGUGUGACUCUGAAUAAGUGUGGAGAAAGUGAAAACAAUCCGUCCUGUCUGGGCUCAGGACAAAGACACACCAUACAGAGGGAUCUUCUUUCAUGACAUCAUGACUGCCUUUCUUCUACACAGAUUGUAUGGAGACACGUUGUUGCUCAGUUUCAUGCUGUAAAUGUUGCAUUAAUUUGGACAAAAAAAAGUUUAUUCUUUUGACAGUUUUGUUGACUUUGAAGUUGCCUCACAAAGCAGCUUUGAAAAGAAUAUCUGACAUCUAUUGCACCGGGUCACAUUAGCUGUUUUUUAUUCCACUUCCCAGCCCAUUGUGCCUGCGUGUUGUUUCUGCAUCAGCAGCAGAAGCUGGUGAUUGACCUUAGCAGGCAGGAAAUGGGUCCAGAGAAAAGGGAAGUUGUUGUGGUUACUGAAGUGUUUGAUGAUGUCCAGCACUGUUGGCUGACUUGUGUGCAGAUGCCGUCCAUUGUGUUGCGAGUGUGUGUGUGCAGAUUUGUGACUUCCCUGAAUGUGUUUGAUAUAAACCGGUUUGUCCUUUAUUCUGCCUUUUUGCUGAGCCUGUGGAUGUACAUGCACAUUAUUUGUCCAUGUACCAAAACCUUUUUUUAUGUACGCCUAACGAAAACCACUGUCUGAGGGCUGCAUUUACUGUUCUGGUGUAGUGAACAUGCUUAAAAUUUGGACAGAAUGAGAUACACGUGCCGGGCUCAAUCAAGCAAAAGACCUGGGAAAAUGAGACAACAAGCUUUUUCCUUAUCUGGAGAGAUUGUUUCUUUUAAACUGCAAAAUAGAGCCAACUCCUUGAUAUCAAGUCUGUCUUUAAUUUAACCUUCAUAAGAGUUUCAGAUUAGCCUUAUUUACUAUUUCUGUACGCUGUUUCUCCCGAACUCCACUGCCAGUCAAACAGAUGCUCGGUCAAAGUCUGUCAGCUGUAAUGGUCCAUUAGUCUGUUGCAGCUGUAACCUUCACCCCAUCACUGUAAGCCUUUAAAAAAAACAAAUAAUCGAGCAUUUUCCUGCUAUCUUAUUCUUGAUUCUCUUCUCUGUCUCGCUCUUUGUCUCUGGAACAUUGCAGUGAAGUGAAGUCAUACCAUUUGUCUCUGUGUAAGGCAGGCCGCUGAGCCAAAUGUUAGGUGGAGAGAGAGAGAGAGGAGACUUGCUGGCUAAAAGAAAUUAACAGGAUGAAAAUAGAAUUGAGGGAGAGCUUAAGAAUGAAACUGUGCCAAGGGGAGGAGUGAGGAGAAGAAGGGAGAAAAAGGCUGUUUUUAAAAUUAAUCAAAGGUGUAUGAUGAGGACAUAAUAAAUUUUGAUAUCUAUGACUGCCAAAAUAUGUUAUAGAUAAAACAGAGUGCAAAAGCUUUUUUCAAAAUAUUAUUAUAUUAAGAGUGAUAAGAGGCUUUAUCAAGGAUCUUGGAAAGUGUGUUACCCCCACUGACAUAAAAGCUUUUCAUUUAUCUAACAAAAGGAAUUUGGCCCAUCUCUUUAUGUCUCUUGUUGCAUAACAGCUUUUAACUUAGCAAAAGAGCUUAAGACUCCCUAAGAUAUAUUUCAUACAGUCUGUUAGUCACUAUGUUAUCACUUACUGCGCAUAAUAACCUGCUCCUUAAGGCUGAUACUGGUAUAACUGGGGAUAUUUUUCCAUAUGUUUUUUUGUAUUUUAGGCAGGAUAAGUACAAAGGUGUCAGUAAAGAUGCAUAUUUAUUAAUAUCUCCACCAAAAAUCUGUACAAAACCACUAAGAACAGCUCUGACCUAUGUGUAAAGACAACAUGAAACAGGGCAGGUAAGGAAAGUCGUAGGAUAUAUGUUGUUAGUUGGUGAAAUCCUUUCUGUGAUGAGGGCUUCGUAUUUGACUGAACAGUUAAGUCAUGUUAAAAACUGAGACCUUUUUUCCCUUCUCAGGGUAAAGUAAAUAACAUAUAAACGGAUUUUUCUGUAUAUAAUGGCGGAUUGCAUACUGCCAUCUGCUAGGGGUGGGAGAAAAAAUUGAUACAGCAUAGUAUUGCGAUAUUUUGUCUGGUGAUAUAUCGUAUCGUCUUAUUUAACAAGUAUCAAUUUUUGAAAUUAUUGCUAAUAUGAAGUCAAAUCUAUGAUAAUGGAAAAAUAAAACCAACUGUUUGUCCAGUGAGGUUUUCAUAGGUGACAUAGUAGUGCAGGACAAAGUUAGUCCAACAAAUAUAUAUGUAAGAUUUGCAAGAUGUGCUACAUGAAUAAAAUACAGUGUAAAUAGGGCAAACAUAAAGAAAAGCUAAAUGCUAAAUUAGCUUAACAGUUGAAAAUUUCGUAUAAAUCGCAAUAUAUUGUAUCGCAAUACUCACUGUAUUGCAAAAUGUUAAAAAUCACAAUAAUAUCGUAUCGUGGUGCAAGUAUCAUGAUUAUAUCGUAUUGUGGGGCCACUUGUGAUUCCCACUCCUACCAUCUACUGUGUCUGCAUGUGGAGGCCUGUCAAUAUAUAAAAAAAGCAUAACUUGUUUUUAUUAGAUUAAACUUUAUUAUUGUCAUAAUUGCUUAUACUUCAAUAUGUCCAUUAUCUGCUGAUAAUUAUUUCAGACUGAUGUCAUAUAACUUCAUGAUAGCAUCUUCUAAGCUUGCUAGUACCACAAGUAGUACAUUGGUCUUCAGCAUAAUAUAUCAAGCCAAAUCACUUGGAUCUGAGUAGAAUCUCAAACAACAACAACAAAACCUUCUCAAAUCUCCAUCAACCUUUUAGUACCUUCAAUCUUAUUGAUGGAGAACAGGUUGAAUAAAGGACCAGCAGGUUUUAUUUGAAAAAAGACAGAGAAAAAUGGGGGGAAAAAAGGAGACAAGGAGUUUGGUUUGGGCUCUGCUCUAUAUGGAUUAGGUCUAAAAGCAGAGUGUUUAUAGCUUUAGAUUUACGACUGACAUUGUUUUAUCAGGCCACCCACAUGGAAUCAAAUACUUUCCUUCUGCCUGCUCUUUUUCUUUCACUCCUUACUUCUCUCCACAUGUACAUGUAAAAGGAAAGAACAGUAAGGGUACAGAUGCAGAUUAUAAAUUGGUUUUCUUUGCGCUUAUGCUUUUUAAAAAAAAUUAGGGUCCCUCAGCAUCUCACAUUGACAACAGCUUGUCACUCUAAUUGUGUAAUCAGUCUGUAAAAAUAGUGUUAUGGCUGGGCACGUGUAAUCUAAGUGCUGGAUUGAUAUUUCUUGGGCUGUUUUUGUGUGUUAUUAAAAUAACAGGCAGAUUUAAAACCUUUAAUCCACUUAUCAAAAGAGAGGAAGGAGCACCUAUGAAAGCCGACUUAAAAGUAAUAGUCAUAUGAAGGACAUGAUGUGGGUGGUAGGGUUUCUUUUUUUGAGCUGCAAAGGUCAGUCCACUGUUAGUUGUGUCUGAAAAGUGAGGGACGUUGAGUGAGGCAAAGGUGAUGGAGAGAUAAAAGAGAAAAGGAUGUGGCUUGUUCUGACUGAAGGUCCCUAUGACUCAGCGGAUGAGAAGGAAGAGGUGGGAUGAAUCAGAAUCAGAAAAAGGCCACAGUGCUGAUACCUGUGGUUUUAAUGACACGAAAAGAGACUCCGACAGCAGACAGUUUUGGUUUAUUUUUUCCAGCAAAAGCAGAAAAAUGCACCCGACAGUGAACCCUUAAAAGAUGGAUAGCUCCACUUGGAAAUAAGAUGACAUCCAUGUAGCGGGUUGAUUUGAUUAGAUAGAACCAUAUUUCUCUAACAAGAGCCAUAAAAGUAGCUUAAAAACAAAAAUGGAUCUCCAGUGUUUGCUAUGGUUUCUGUUCCUAUGUGGUUAGGGUCCCAAAGGAGCAGAGGGCUCUGGAGAGAAAACGUCCUGUACCUCAAGGCAUCAUGUCCUCUAAUCAAAUACACACAUGCAGCAUUUCUUUCUCUCUCCCUCGCUCCCUUUUUCUUACACAGACAGUCUGGUGUAUUUCUUUUGGGACCGACACAACAAAAAUGUUUUGUGUUCCCUUGAGUCGGAGUGUGUUUUGGUUGUGCUGUGGGGAGUUUAGGGGGCUAAUUUUAGAGAUGCUGAAGUAAUUUCAACAGAGCACAGACAGUAAACGUGCAUGUCAGUUUGUUCAUCAUGUCAUCAGAAAUCAAUCACUUGUAGCUGAGUAGUUGUCCAAUAGUUUGUUUCCUGCAGAUGACUGUUUAAUCAUAUCAUCUAUCAACCAUCUUUACCUUGAGUAACUAACCUGCUUUCAUGUUCAUAUCUUACGCAAAGAUGUAGAGGUCAAAUAAUAUCUCAUGUUUAAUCUGCACAAAAUCUUCCUAUCAAUAAUGGUUUUAAAGGGGAUUAUUUCUGCAGAUUAUAGAGGUCUGGGUCAUAACACCCAGUUAAAGCCAUAUUUUUUUAUUUGAUCUAUAAGAAAAGAGCCUAAAGCUUUAGAAAUAAGUAGGUACUUUUGAUCUCAUUUACACUUCUUUAUUCAGCCCAAUUGGACCCUCAUUGGGCAACAUGAACUUUCUUUUGCUUUGUUGUCCACGACAGGCACAACCCCCAAAAGACUAAAUUCAAAAUAAGACAUCAUCUUCAAUAGAAAUAUAUUCAAAAGAGCCUUUCUAAACUGACCACGUCUUUGCCUUUUGGGGUUGUCAAAUGAAAGAUUGGUGAAGAGAGUUGGGUCCAAAAUAUCUGUUGCUAUAACUGUUGCUCAAGUGACAAUUAUCAAAGGUUGGGAAUCGUCGUCGUUUUCUUCCGCUUAUCCGGGUCCGGGUUGCAGGGGCAGCAGCUUCAGGAAGGUGGCCCAGACGACCCUCACCCCAGCCACUUCCACCAGCUCCUCCGGGGGGAUUCCCAGGUGCUCCCAGGCCAGGCGAAAGAUAAUCCCUUGGCCGGCCAGAAGGUCUCCUCCCGGUGGGAAAUGUCCAGAACACUUCUAACGGGAGGCGUCAAGAAGGCAUCCUAACCAGAUUCCCUGAGCCACCUCAGCUGACUCCUCUCAACGUGGAGGUGCAGCGAUUCUACUCUGAGCGCCUCCCGAGUGUCCGAGCUCCUUACCCUAUCUCUAAGGUUGAGCCCGGCCACCCUGUGAAGGAAACCCAUUCUGGCGGCUUGUAUUCAUGAUUUGGGUUGGGAAAUGACAAGAUUAUAUUGGUACCAAUGUCAUCAUUGUUCCUGCUUAUUGAUUCAAUUCUUUAUCAAUUCCCUUUGUGAUUCCUGUGGAUUGUCUGUGUGAAAGACAGUAGACAUAUGUUUAAUGUGUCAAUAACACAAUUUGGUCUUUUACAACUUUUCUUGGUCUCACUGCUCUGCUGUGAUGCGAAAUCCAAGCUUCUGAUUGGACCUCUACAGCUCUUAUUGGUCAAAGAUGGCAGCUUUGAGUUAGCAUAGUCAGCUAACAGUACAGAUAACAAUAUUUACCUAAAAUUCAUGCCAAAACGAUUGCAGAUUACCUUCACUUUGGUAGACUGGAUCCAGACACGCUAUUAAGAUAAAGGGAUCUCCUCUGUGGGACAGAAAGGCCCCUUGAUGAGGCAGUUUAUCACCCAUAAAGCAAAUGGACUUCACCUUAAGUUGGUACGUUUUACCGUCCUAUUUUAAUAGCCGAGGUUUGGACUGCUCCUGUCUUCAUGGUUGACUCCUUAGUUGACGGUCACGCUGAUGCCUCACAUCAUUGUUUGGCAAGAACUUUUCAGACGGCAUCAAUUAAGGAACUGUUUAGCAUCAAGGUAGUUGAUGUUGAUGGCUCACACUAGCUAAACCUCAUUCUCAUCUAGAACCAGCUCUUGAUUACUAUCUCAACAAUUACCCCCGACUAAUCAGUGGUGGAAGUAUUUUAAUUCCCCCUUUUAUCAAGUGCCCCCGACCACUUUUUAGAUUUUUUAUUAAUCUCUGUUUGUCUAUGGAAAUGGAGUCUGCACUUUAAUUUUCGGAAGUUUAAUGCGUCUCUUGUAAUCCUUAAUCUUGUACAAGCAACGCAGAAAAUGAUAAUGAAGGUAAUUUUUUUAACAUUGACUUUGGCACACAAGAGAAAAAUCAAGGUUCCUUUGAAGGAGGUUGUGAGUAUUUAAGGAAAAAAAAAAAAAAAAACGGCAACUCAACUGACAUGUGUGUCACUACAACAAAUCACAACACAAGACUGCAUCUGGUUUCUCACAGUGGGAAAGAAACUGUGGGAAAACAACUCUGGAUGUCCUUGCCCUCAGUUGAUGACAGUUGCAAUAUGCUUUGAAAAUCUUUUACGUUCCCUUUUAAGGACACCUCCCCGAUUUUUCGGGGAAAAAAAGCUCUCUGCAGCUUGGCAACAGGAAAAUUAUACCAGUUUAAAUCUUUGAGCAGAAGCCCUUCUGCUUGAUCUUAUAUCUUUUUAUGCUCAUUGUGUCCUGGUUUCUUGUCCCAUUUGCUCCCCUUCAGACUGUUACUUUCCAACUCUCUCAGUCUGCGUGGAUCCACCCAGUGUAAUUACAGAGCAGUUUGCUUAUGUAAGGAAAGCCUCCUCUGAAACAGCACUUUCUGGAAGAGCUGCUAUUUCAGCUUUUUGUGUGCACAGGCAGAAUUCUACAGACUUAAGUGUGGUUCUGUGUCAAAAAGCAUAGAAAAUGGGCACUUGCUUCAUCUGGAGUUUACUCUACUCUUAAUAUUGGGUCAUUUAUUUAUUAAAGACAUUUAAUAUAGCAUAUUUUUGUCAUGCAUGUAGUUUGCUUUCCAAGCUAUGCAUUUGCAGUCCAAGUGGAUACAGACAUUUACAAAAAGACCUUCAGUAUGUUGGUUGUUCACCUGUGAUCAGUUGCAUAGGUGGCAGUCAUACACAUACCAGGAAUCAUCUAAACUCCGUAAACUUAGUAAAAUGUAAUGUGUCAGACUGUUACACACUACAUUUUAUUUUUAGUAAAAUGUGUAAUAGUAAGUCAUUUUAAAUAUAGCAGGAUUAAGGUCCUUACGCACUGGUAACAACGCAAAUAUGCAGCGCUAAAUUACGAAAUAUUCAGAAGCGAAUUUUGACGUGCCUGACUAUACACAUCAAGCACGAUGAGAUUUUGUGACUUUCUGGGUGGGAAAAAGACGCGUCCCGGGUGGAAGCGAGAAGACUGACACAACAGCAGACUGACUGUUUUUUUAGUUCUGAUUAGACACUAGUGUUGAGAUGACUGUCUGUCAUGAUAUCAUGUACUGAGUUGGGGCCAGUACCAGAUAAGCACAUUAAACUAUAAUCCAUAAACGUAAGGUAACAACCGAGACCUAAUGGUGCUGUGACAGCAACGCGAUUGAGUUUGAGACAGUGAAAAUACAUAUGGUAUGUUGUAUCUGAACAGGUUAGCUUAAAAUACUUAGCACAGAUGAAAGUUAAAACAAAGACGUUUAGUAAACUGUUAAAGCACAGAAACCAUCGUCAUAUGAGAAAUCCGACGCUAUGACUCUCCACAAGUUGUCCUUCAGGUCGUUAUCUUUAUAAUAUUUGUGUUUUUUAUCAAAAAGCACUCUGUUCUCAGACACACAAACGAUCAGCCGGUCGGCAAUGUUGGAUAUACCGGUGAAUCAGACGUUGCAACAACAUGAAAUCUGAUUGGUCAGAAGUGGACACGCAGUAUGCGAAACUUAAGAAAAAUCGACCGUGAUCCGAAAAAAUAAAUGCUGCAAUAUCGCAGGACAGGAAAACAUCGUUGAUGUGAACGCUUGUAUUGACAGGAUACGGGUUUGAAAAAAAAUACAGACGUUUGAAAUAAUCGCACGAAACAAACGCUCCGGGUAUGUAAGGACCUUUAAACACAUAGCUUUGAAAUAAAGAGCCAAUACUGUCACACGUAUAUAGCUUUGGGCAUCACAUUAGUGCUCUUCAUUUCUUUACUACUUCAACUUUAGAUACGUUUAACUGGAAUAAUCACUGAAAACUACUUUUUCUUCUUUAACGGCCCGUAAUAAUAACUGAAGCUAUUUAAUAUUUUUGAAAAACAGAGAACAAAAGAUUGUUGAACAGUAAAUGUCAAAUACUGUUUUUGUGGACACGCUCUAAAGAGCAGAGAAAAAGAGCGGUCUGUGGUUGUAUGACUAUAUGCACAUAACUCUCCAUGAACUUAGACUGAUUGUCACUUUCCAUGUCUUUGCCAGUCGAUCUCACAAUGGCACAACUGUCACUCUUCCAAAGUGUAGCAUGCAUAGUUCGCGGCGUGGUCGGAAACACACACACUUGCACACAUACACAUAUACAUAGUGGAGGCCUUGGUCGACUCACUGUGGGUUGACCGGACCAUCAAACCUUAUCCUCUCGCUCGUCUUUUGUCACUCGGAGAAUAAUGUCAGGAAAAACUCUGCUCUCUGUUUUCUCACUCUGUCUUCUGUCUUAUGGCAUCAGUCCGUCGCUUUGGGUCAUGCUCUAGCUGCCAGUUGAGAAACUCGCGACAAAUUGGGAACGGAAGAAGCUGGAAGAGUCGGAGCGUUGUUCCCGAGUGGCUUCUUGGAUCUCGGAUAAAGGCGCAGGGAGAGGAGGAUGAUAGGAAAAGGGAACAAAUCGAGGUGAAAGCUACAGCAGCUUCACAGGCAGGUGGUGUUGGUCCUCAUUGCAUUUGUUUGGGUUUUAUACAGCUUGAAUUCAAAGUCCACGAUUCUUCAUGCUUUUCCUUACCCUGAUAAGUUUAACUAGAAAGGCAGGAAUUAUGAAGCAUGAUAUGUAUGCCUGGUGCUUUUGUGUAGUUGUGUUUGUGUGUGUGUCUCAUAUGUAGUUGUGUUUCUGGCUGCUGAAUCAGAGGUUAGAUAAGCCCUGUAAUGUCCAGUUCAACACUUCUGUAACCAUACUAUUAUAUCAGUGACUUCAUCGCUAUCAUGUGGAUUUCAUAACAGCACGCCGUAAUGAUGUCAUUACAUCAUCCACAGCACGUGAAUGACAUCACUGUGGAGCGCAGCCAUGUUUUUUCACCCUGUUUGGUUAAAGGUUGGUUUAGCCAAUGGCAUGUAGUGUUAUAGGGAUCCAGUCCUUAAACAGGUAAAGUUUGAACGCCAUUAAUUAACAGGAGAAGUGCAGGCGAAGACCAAAAAUGUAAGUGUGUACGAUUCGUUUAUGGUCAGAGUAAAUAUCCCUCAGACUCACAACAAUCAGUCACCUUUACAGGAUUUGUGAGACAUUCUGUUGAUGGUCCCAGCUAUAAUCUGACAUUCACAUCAUCCAUGCUUGAUGUAUAGAUGUUUGAUAAUUUGAGUCUGUUUGUUCCUGGAUUCCAAAAAGUCCAAAAGAGUGACUUGUCUCCCUUCCCCGCUCUCCUCCCAGGUGAUUAUUGAGAGGUUUGGUCUUCCCUGCUGCUUCCAACCUUCGUACAGAACUCAAACAUUUUCUCCCAAUGAGUUUUCACAAAACUAUGAGUCACUCUGAAGAUAUGUUGACCUUACCUCAACUGAGAAAACUUGGACCUCAGUGUGUUUCAGAGUGUGACAGAGAGAGACAGAAUUAGACUGAGAUAGAGGGGCCCUGUGUGUGUGUGUGUAUGUGUGUAUAUGUGUGUUUCAACAGCUUGAUUCACAAGAGUAUGUUUGAAGAGAUAAAAGUCAUUAUGGCUCUUCUGUUGUAUCUUUGAUUCUGAAGUUCAUUCUUUGUGUCUGCGCUGUCUAUUGAUUGCUUUAUCUACCAUUAAAUACCGUGAACUGGGCCAGCUGGGCCUGCAAGUCCAUGACAUGUUGCAAAAUCAGCUGUUUUUAUCAAAACAUCCACAGUCACAGGCAGGAUAUUUUUUGACUAUUGUUUACAUGGUAAUUUUAAAUUUAUGAUUGUCAUGCGCCCACAUAACAUCAUUUGUUAUGUUGGUUUAAUCAGACACAGCCUAUUUACUACUUAAUGUCUGAUCUCUAGAUUAGUAUCCACCUUAUUCCCGGCUCCCAUGUUGCUUUGCGUGAAUCAUGGGUGCGUCCUCCAGUGACUUCUGUCACUCUGUCAGAGCUGGCUUUUUCCAUAGCAACUGUACGCUAAUCAUGAUUAUUAGAGCGAUUGAGGAUAAAAAACAUGUGAGAAAAUCAGCUGUCACACCUUAAAGGGGACAAUUUAUGCUGGAAAGCAGAUGUAUAGCCAAGUCAGGGCCUCGGUAUCCUAACAACACCAUGCCACAGAGCUGCAAGACCAGGGUGAUCCUGCAGCCAUGCAGCUGCAAUACUGUGGAAGGUGUUUUAGUAUUAUGGAUGAUUUUCCUUGCUUAUUUAAUUAACAAAAUUAUUAAAUCAAUACAUUUUUAAUCACUGUGACUGUAUACUAAUUUCCUUUUUCAUGUACAGCAUUUUGCAUUGCAUUGCAUAAAAAGUGAUUUUUAAAUAAAAUCUGAUUCUAAGCAAAGUCUAUCAGAAACUAGACAAUGGAAAUUGUAGCAAGGGUCACAGGAACACUCCCUCUUUGUUUUGAGUGCUCAUCAAAUCGUAAAUUCAACUUCAACUGGUUAUCAGUACAGCCGUGAACGGCACAACACGUACCAGAACUACAAAAAAAGACCUUUCCAAAUAUGUAACACUCUAUCAAAACCUAGCAUGCAUUAAAAACAAGGCAGAGUGAGGUAUUUUCGAUGCUCAGUCACUAAUGCUGCGUUUGGGUCACCUCAGAAGUCAGAUGUCGGUGCUGAAAAUGUUGGAAUAUAACAAGGACAAGGCAAGUGCUAAAAUAACUUUUAAAGAUGUAGCUAUCUUAGUUCCCCCUCCGAUUUAACUUUUUUCCAACUUGGUAACUGAAACUCUGGUAACUCGGGUGUGACGUCAUUUUCAGCUCUGACAUCUGACUUCCGAGGUAACUCGAGCGCAGCAUAAGAUUAGCCAAACAAACUUAACACUGUUUCCGUUAUACCACUGGAAGUUUAGCCCAUAAUUGUAAAUACAGUGGCGCCCUCAGGAAUAUGGUUGAUACGGCUAAUCAGUUCCUCCCUGAGAUGCCAUAAGUCAUCCUUACUUGUUACAUCAGGGUAGUAGAGCAUUUUAGCUUUUUAGCAGUUGCCAAUUGCCGGAGCCACUGUCCUGUAAAGUGGCGGGUGGCUGCACUGUAGCUGAAAUAAACAACAUUUAACUAUAAAUUCCCAACCUGGUUUAUUAUUCCUGCUGAUAUUUAAGCCUAUAUCAAACUUAAAGUGUUGGUACAUAACAACUCCAACAGCACAACUUGUUCGUUAGAAGACAAAGUGAUAAUCUUGGCUGAUUAAUUAAGGUAUUUAAAAUAUUUUGGAUUUGUCUGGCAAAAGAUCCAGAGUCAAUCAACCCUGCAAGCUUAACAUUUAUUGUUGGCAGUAAUGAGGUGUACUGUUUGUGUCAGGACUUAAUUUUGGCCUGAUUAUUGUGGUCAAUUUGAAAUACUUGAACCAGAACCAAAACAAUUCCAGUAGCCAGAAACACGCUUUUGAAAUUGAUCUUGGCUGGAGUGUAGAGGAAACAAGCAAACUUUUCUCAAGUUUUUAACUUCUUUCAGAAGUGGGUACAUUUGUGUGUCUUUUGUGUGUGUGUGUGUUUGUGUGUGUGUAUUGACCUGUUGUCCUUUGGCUGUCUUCCACAUCCAACCAACACAGUGGAACUUUUUCCAAAUAUAACAGCAGCAAUCACUGUGGCACUGAUGACGGUUAAUGAUGAUGACCACCAUUUAUCCAGAGAUUGGAGGUAUGUGUUUUUGUGUGUGUGUGCCAUUGAAAGUAUAUUUGAGGCACUUCCAUAAAGCUCCCAUCACCCAGUGACAGUUAGGAGGGUUGAGGGUAAUUGUGUCUGUCUAUCCUGAAACAAUGUUGUCGUUCUUCACUCCUCAAUAGGCUUCUUAUUUUCAACUGGGCCUCCACUUCUUCCCCCUUUCAAACAAUUUAUUCAUCACUUGACAUUUUGAUUUUGAGGUUCUGAAUUGUUAUGAAAUGAGGAGGGGAAUUAUGUAAUUUUCUACAGAUAUCACAUCUUUGUUAAACACAGCUGGAGCGCAUAUUUCUGAAAACUGUCAGAUCGGAACUAAAAAUUAGCAACUGAUCCCAAGUGUGAUGGCGUAGAGGGACUUUUUGCCAUCUAGGGAAAUAUAAAUCCUGUGUUCCCAACUUAAAGGGAUAUUCCGGCAUAAAAUUAAGUUAGAACACACUCUAACACCCAGUUAGACACCCCCUCGAGAAAUGAAUGUCGACCGUUUGCUUCUCUAGUUAUACCAACUUUAGUAAUGACCACAGGAUAGCAAUGCAUUGAGAGCCUCAGCCGAAACGCCGCUCUAUAGCCACAAAUAAUGCUCAGAACAGCACCUAACUUCAUCAACAGUACAUAUACAGUCCUAGCCACCAAACAUCUUUUUAGCGUUGCCUGAUUUCUUUAGCAAAGAGACUAAACACAACUCAACCACUCUCUUCCAGCAGCUGCUUGUUUGUCCAGAGACCUCAGACGAGUCCAUUACCGGCUGCAGCGGGGAGACACAGCUCAAGGAAGAACAUUUAUGAUCAUUUCUUCAUGGAAAUGCAAUCAGACCAAGAUGCUAAGGCAGAAGAACUACAGCGUCUGCAGAGCAAAAUGAUUAAUAUGAUAAUUUUUACUUAAAGGAAAUGAUAAAGUAAUGGUCAUAAAUGUUCUUCCUUGAGCUGCGUCCCCCCACUGCAGUCGGUAAUGGACUUGUCUGAGGUCUCCAUACAAACAAGCAGCUGCUGGAAGAGAGUGGUUGAGUUGUGUUCAGUCUCUAAAGAAAUCAGGCAAAGUUAAAAAGAUGUUUGUUGGAUAGUACUGUGGUUGGGACCCUAUAUGUACUGUUGAUGAAGUUACGUGCUGCUCUUAGCAUUAUUCGUGGCUAUAGAGUAGCGUUUUGGUUGAGCAUGUGGCUCUGUGUAUUGCUAUCGUGUGGUCGUUACUACAGUUGGUAUAACUAGAGAAGCAAGUGGUUGGCGACAUUCAUCUCCCGACAGGGUGUCUAACUCGGUGUUCCGGUGUGUUUGAUCCUAACUUAAUUUCGUGCCGGAAUAUCCCUUUAAAUGUUGAAAAACAGGUGGAUUCCAACAGUAACACCUUGACACAUUUGUUGUGUUUGUGUUGCCGCAUGUUUGUAUCAUCAUUUUAUCUAGCUAAUGUUUAUCAUGUCAGUUUAGCUGCAGCUGUCUCUGAGAAGCUACAACAUUGUGAAUGAAGGCUGAGAGACAGAACUCUCCUGAUAAGAAGACGUGAAGUCUCUAAAAAUAGCACGCAACCUGACCUUGGAUUCUUAAACAAUGAAGCGAGUGGUUGAUUCGCGCUUCCUUUCUAUCUUUUGUAACCUGUUUUGUGUGACAUUAUUACCACAUGAAUGAGAGAUUUUCUUCCGCUCGUUCUUCACUGAGAAUCUCGUGUUUCGUAAAUCUGUGUCUUUACCUCAUUUGAACCUGUGUUUACAUCUUGAACUCUCUAUAGCCAAGUAAUUAAGAUGAUUGAGGUUUUGUUUCACCAUGUUAUUCAAUACAGCAGCUGGACUUAUAUGAAAAAUGUGUGUAAAUAUUUUGGUGAAUUUAAGUAGCUUAAAGCAUGAAGACCUAAAAAUCUCAACAAUCACUAAGCUAACAGGUUGAUUUAUUUCCUGAGAAGUGGGUUUAAAACAGAAAAAAUAGACAUUUUUAGAAACAGCACAAGUUGAGAUACACUUGCUCUGUGCAUGUUUGACUCUAUUUGAUGUCUUUAAUGUUUUUAUAUUGGCAGUUUUCUGUUAGAUUUUCAGAUGAAUGUAUUUUUGAAGCCGUUUUUACACAUGCGCUCCUUUUCAAACUAAUUUUAGGAUAGGUAGCUUUGAAAAAUUUCAGAUUUCCGUUGUUGAUUUUUCACAUUUUACCAGAAACCUAAGUAGGAGAGAGUCUUAACGUUUAAUGUUUGCUUUCAUAUGUGCACAAAGACAGCACCCUGCUCUCUUCCCAUCAUCAGUUCACCCCUGCUUUUUGCGAGAUGUACUCUCAGAAACUUUAUUUUCAUAUAUGUAGUCCAUCUGAAAAGGUCUGGAAAUUUCUAGGAGUUCUGUGCAUGUGUAAGUAGAGCCCAAGUUGUCUUAUAUUAUACACUUUUUCUGUAAUCUUUGGACAUUGAUUCAUAUAUUUUGUUUUAAAAGUAUCAGUUUAAAAGCGCUUAUUAUUCGAGUUGAAGCGCAAGAAAAGGCAGUUGCAGCGAGGUUGUGUCUCAGUAGUUUAACAAAUUUAGCUUGUGAUUAGUGUGGCAGCACUGUACUCCAUCUUAUAGAGCUAAAAAAAAAAAACCUCUUUUAUAUUUAAAGUACACAGUAUUGACUUUUAAUAUGAAAAAUGUGUGCAGAGGUGAAAACAACAUGGUUCCUGCCUUUUAAGGAGCUGUUUCUUCUGUCUGAUCCUUCUCACAGGAACCAUAAUUGUCUUCAUUGAGAGGGCAGGGCAGGAAGUGGGUUUGGGGGAGGCAUUUUGACCCACACACACACACACACACACACACACACACACACACACACACACAGUCCUGCAUUUCCCUUAAUGUGUCUGUCAGAGCAAAAACACCACGAAGAGAGCAGGACCAGAGAACUUUAUUUAACAGCUCCGUAUUUAGGUUGGACAGUGAUGGAACUGUAGUGAUGGCUGCCCUAUUUGUAUUCUUGGUCGUCCCCGGCAACCGUUAGUGUGGAUUGGGGGGUGUGUGUAUGUUGCCGUAGGAAUGUGGUGACAUCAGAGGGGCUGGUGUUUCUGUUUAAGAAAUGAAUCAAAAAUGUUGAAACUAUAAGACAAACCGAGUUCACACAUUUUGCACUUUUCUGCUACCCCCGUCUGUACAUUUGCUCUGAACCAUUUUCUGCCCGACUUACCUCUCUGAGAUCAUUGUUUCCAUGUUCUCUCUCUCUCUCUCUCUGCUUUCUUUCUUUCUUUCUGACCCUGUGUCUGUCUUAUUCUUUCUGUCUCCUUCACCUCACUGACUAUUUUUAUCCCCUCUCCCACUGAGCUCACAUCUGGAUCUUAUUGACAAAGUGAACAGCCCUUCAGCCAUAAAAGACUCUCUGGACUCCAAGUGUGUGUGUAUCUGUGUCUGUGUGUGCCGCAGGUGUUUGUUUGUGCCUGACAGAGCAUGAUAGACCUAAAUAUAAACACCUCUUGAUUAAAAGAAUAAUUUCACACAUGCAUUCAGUCAUACAUGUUAAGAUAAUAAAAGGAAGGGCUCAAAGAGAGGUUUCUGCUUUGUUUUGACAGAGACAUUUCUGUUGGCUUACAUCGCACAUAAGCUGAUGAGUGCGAUUGUGGGGGCAGCUUUUCCAGUUCAAUGCAAGUCCUUAUCUUUUAGUAUGUAUUUGUGAUCUCUAAACAAAUGUAUAUCAUUUUACCUCCCUUUUGGUUCAUUAUAAUUUGUAUUUUCUUCUUGGCUUUAAACUGGUACUUAUUUAGAGAUUUAUAAUUUUGUUUUAAAGCGCAGGUGAAGAGUUCGGUCUACAGUUUAGAAGAGGUAAAUGACAAAGAAAAAGUGUAACGAUGGAGAGAAAGGAUGAAAUGUUUGGCAGGAAUAGUUUGAAGGUUUCCAUGGUUUUCUUCACAAAUGUUGCACUUUGCCCUUUAUUCAGAGUACUGAGGAAAUAGACGAUCCAAAACAUGAAUGCAGUGAUUUCAUUGACAUCCCCUAUUGGUUUCAGAAGCUGAGUUUUGAGUGCCUGCAGUCAACCUCACUUUCAGUCAACCAAACAUGACUCAAGUCGAGGCGUAGCUGUAAGCCUCCCUGCAAACAGCUACAGUAAAACUACCCUCUGUACAGCAUGUGCAGAUAGAGACUAAAACAGUUUUCUGAACCAAGCCGUGAACACGUUUAUUCAUGCUGUAAAAAAACUGGCUUUUCGAGAACGGAUGAGCCAGCCUGAAGCAAACUCUCGAGGAUUUUCUGUUUUUAGCACUUUGACAUUGGCUUCAUUUCUCAAGACCGGAGGUUGCCUCUCGAUCGAGGGUCAAAUGCUCACAGACUUCAGGUCACAAAAGGGCUCCAUCAGCUGUUGCCAUUUUGCUAUGUUUGUAUUUCUUUUCUUAUUCACUCUUUUCUUUGACAGGUAAAAGUACAUGAGACACAGCAAACAACUGCGUAGUAGCAGGCUGCAGCUGCACGCAACCAUAGCACUUUAAGAGUGCAACACCUUUCGACAAAACGAAGAGACACAAGGCCUCACAGAUGCAGUAGCUUAUUGCGAAAGACAUGCUACCAAUAAGCACUGCAAAAUUACCUCUUUUUUUUAAUAUUGUGAUAUAUAUCGAUAUCGACUGAUAUGAGAAAAAUAUAUUGUGAUAAAUGUUUUCCCAUAUCACCCAGCCCUAGCUACACAGUGUAUAAGAAGAAGAUGCCCUGCAUACUGAUUUCUUGAUAUGGCUGAUAUGCAAGCCAUAUCCCUGGUUAGACUUCUUAAAAUUGUUUUGGUAAAUUUGUUCACCUGCCACUUGCUGUUUUGAGCAAACAUCUCUCAGCAGAGAUGACAAGUUUUUAGUACCUUAUAAUUUGGGCAACAAACUGUUUGAUUGGCAACUGGAAAAAAGGUCUAACUUGAGUUAAUGUGGGAUAAAAUACAAACUUCCUCUAUCUCAUGGAUAGUUCAGUGUUACCGUAAAUGUACUCCUACGUUAUUUCAUUCAGGACCUGUGGCAUUUUUAUGCUGCCAUUAUUACCUUCGAUACAUUGAAUGCAGAAUGCCCUAAGCUGUUUCUGUUUCCGUGCUCACAACAGUUAAACUAUUAGGAGACCCUUGCACUCAACAGUGUCACUUCUCGAUCGCAGUCAUGGGCAGGACUUCAGAUAUCCAUUAAGUCUACAACAAUAUGGAGUGUAAUGUGAGACAUUUUUUAUGGUUCUAAUUUUGGGUAUCCAAACACAUCUCCUGCAAAUACCAAGACAUGAUCUAUAAUUUCUUUAAUGACUUUUAAAUCAGCGUAUUUAUUAUGUGUAUCAUAGCCAUCUGUUUUCACCAGAUGAACACGAAGCUCAAUUCAUGUUUGCUGUUGGGUUCAUGCUUAGAGCUGCUCUAUUCGGUAUUUAUGCUCAAGUAAUGACAACAGUAAUGAAGCAUGAGGCCAAAUCCCCACUGUGCAUCUUAUAAUCAUCUCUUUGUGUGCAGAAAAGGCUCUGUUUCCAUUGAUUUGUUUGGUUCUGUUGAAUAAUGAACUUGUUUAUAAUGCAAGAAUGAAGCUGUUGAUUUUGUUACUGUACUCACUGUACAGUACUCUGUGUAAUCAUACAUGCUUCAUUUCUCCUGAAUCAAAGAGCUCAAAUGGACUGUGCACUUCAUUGUGUUAAUGUACAAAGCUUUAUACUGUCCCGACCACAUCAAAAUGUUCCCUCGGCCUUCUCGGCGGUGAGAAUUUUUCAUAUUGAAUAAUAAAAAGAGAGAACUCAGGAGACGUUUUUAUGUGGUGUUAUGCCUGUUUUCAAUCUUUAAUUCUGAUCAUAGAGCCUUACAUGCAUUACAGUGUUUUUGGCAUACUUACAAUUCAAGUUAAAUAAAAUACAAGAAACUUAAAUAACCCAAUACAUAAAAAAAUAGAGCACAAAAUCUCUCCAUGUGGUGAGUAGAGGAAGCCUAGAUGUCCAGGGUGAAAGAUUUUUGCAGUUUGAUGUUGUCUUUUAGAGUUUUUUAAAACUAUAUAUAAAAUAUUUUAAAUUUUUAUUGUUACAGAUUUUUUGUUGUGUAAAAGUACACAGAAAUCUAAUAGAGAAACCUUCCUGUGCUGCUAAGCGUCACCUCGUCGUUGCAGCAGCCUCUGGGUUUGGCAGCAGUCUGAUCUUUUGACCUCUCACUCCUCACCUCCUUUUGCACCUCUGCGGCAGCUAAAUACAUGAAACCGAUGGCGGGUUAAGAGCCACUUUCACAACAGCGUCUUAUUUUCCUGAUGACAGGCUGCAGCGCUGGGUGGAAAUUUUGUUAAUCACAGAGGAGGGAGGGGGAGAGAGGAGGGCGUGUCGCUGAUAGGAAUCACAGUGUUCUGGUGAGCUGACUGUCAGUGUGAAUCAUGUUUCACUCAUGUCAACUGUUCAUUUACGCUAAUCUGCCUCUCAUCUGUUUGGCAUUUUGUGAUUUACAAGAUAACUAGAUUUUUUUUAUUUUUGAAACAGCAACAUUAAAGUUAAAACUCAGCUUGUGUUUCCUACUGUCGCUAUAGCGAUUGAAGACCUGAUGUUAUGGUUGGAGCUGUGUGUAUGUGCGCUCUAUUAAUAGUAAGAGUAAUGGUUCGGGCCCUGGGAAUGUUGUCCUCUCCGGAAAAACAAACUUGUCUUCCCCCCAUCUGUCCCACUCUCCUUCUCUGCCUUUCCAUGUAAGAUAGGAACAACAAGAUGGGGUGGGAAAGAGAGAGAAAUGACAAGAUAAGGAGGAGAGGGAGGAAGAUGGCAUAAGAGAGGGUGGGGAGAAGAAUUGCUGUGGACUUUUGCUGCCUCCUCUUGAUUCCUUUUCAGUUUGCUUUGAGACAGAAAUAAUAAAAAUAAGCUUUUUGUUGUAAAAUGUGGAGGAUUUGCUGAUGUACAUGCUAAGGAUUGCCAAAUUUGAGUUUAAACUUGGGCAUCGCCUGUUAUCUCUUAUAAAAAAAUCUCUUAGUCCUUGUAGAUUUUUCUUUUUCUUUUUUUCUGUGUGAAGUAUGAUUGCGAAAGAGAAAGUGUUUUUUUUUCUUUUGUUGUUUGCUACUUGGAAAAUAAAACAUUCAGACACAGGGGAGCAUCCAGAAUGCCAGGGGCCCUCUUAAAGUCUUGGCCACCUUUAAUGCCAACUUAAAAUCGUACACUCUGGCUGCUCUCAGACUGGCAAUCUAAAGAGUUUUAGGAAAAUUUCAGCGGCUUUGACCCCAGAAAUUUUCUUCGCCUGUCAUUGUUUCGUUUCAAUCCUUGACUUCCUAGCAGUAGGUUCAUGCUAUUCAGCUUCUGGGCCAAAGCCCGGGAUGUGGACACUGGAGCACGUAAAGCACAGUUAAAGGGAUAUUCUGAUGUAAAAUUAAUUUAGGGUCAAACACAUCGUAACACUGAGUUAGACACCCCGUCGAGAGAUGAAUGCUGCUGACCACUUGCUUCUCUAGUUGUACCAACUUAAGUAACAGCCACACGAUAGCAAAACACAGCGGUCUAUGGAGCCACACACAUUGCUUAUGGCCCCUCAGACCGCUGUGUAUUGCUAUCGUGCGGUCAUUACUAAAGUUGGUUUAACCAGAGAAACAAGCGGUCAACAACAUUCAUCUCUGGACGAAGGGUCAUCUAACUCGGUGUUAUGGUGUGUUUGACUGAAUUUUAUGCCGGAAUAUCCCUUUAAGCAGGUUUCAACCAACUAAAAAUUACAGAGAAAAGUUUUUUGGUUUUUUUGCAUUAAUGUGAUUACUAGUGACAGACAUAUACAGUACUUAUAGAUAUGUGAAAUUAGCAAACUGAAGAGAAGUCAGUAUAAGGCUGUCUCACCACUUUCACAUCAUUUUGAUCCUUUUUUUUUUCAACCAAGUAACUAAACAAGACAGAACACCAGCCCCACAUGAUAAACAUCAACCUCCCCCACCGCUACCUGCAGGGAAUUCUCUGGAAGACAUGCUGCGGCACACUCAAAUUAGCUCACCUGGACUGUACCCUGAACUGAUACUAGGGCUCGAGCGGGAAAUAUUCUGGGUGAAAAACUGUUUCUGCUCAUACAUACAGAAUAAAAAUAAUAAUAAGAAGAACUUUAUCGAUCCCCAAAGGGAAAUUCAAUUGUCAUGUCUCUAAAAGUCAUCUACUAUUUACAGAAGAGUUCUAAAGUCUGAUGGCUGUUGGUAAAAAAGAUCUUCUGAAUCGUUCUGUCCCACAGUGAAGAGAGAGGAGCCGUCCACCACCAUUGGCCCUUUGGUCCAUUAAGGUGUUGUGAAGUGGAUGAUCCAUGUUCUUUAGUAAAGUCUACAUCUUCCUCAGUGUAGAUCAGCUCACCCGGGUAAUCUCUGGAAAUUUUCAGGAACUUGGUGCAUGACUGAAAGGGACUCAUGAUUGGUUAUUUGAAACGUCAGAGUCAGGACAUCAGCAAAAACCAACACCUUAGGCCACAGUAGCACUAAGUGUGUGCGUCUGGUCAAGCAAACUAUCAAGUGUUGUCACCCUCACUAAAUGGUCCCAGAUGUAAGACUCUAUACUGUAUUGACUUGAAUAUAUUGAGUGUUUUUUUCCCCUCAAAACACACAGAAAAGAGUGGGAUUGUCUGAUGUUAAGGAUUUAUCAACGUAUGCAACAUUUUUUCUGUGUUUGUGUGUUAUUAGGUGACUAUGCUAAUGACCAAUUAGAGACUGUAUCUCAACCAGUCAGAGAUUGUGUCUGUAUCUUUGAUCAGCUGGCUUGUAAAGGUCUGAUGAAGCCAGACGUCUCCACCUGCUCCCAGCACAGAUGUAGGAAAGAUAGAAGCGCUCUGAAUAGAUUCAUCCAAUGCAGGCGUGUUACCUGGAUUCCUGCAUUCCAGUCAUUUGGGCUCAGGCCAGCACAUUCUGGGAAGCUAUGAGCAAUGUGAUGAGGAGGGAGGGAAGGAUGAAAAGAGCAGGAAGAGGAAAAGAAGGAAUGAGAGGAUUUUGAAUUCUUAUGAUUUGUUCCAUCCAGAGGCAGAGCUCCCAUGGGGUUAUUUUUGUCCCCUCUGAAGAGCCUUAGCCAUAAACAGACUGAUAGUGAUGUAAUCUCAUGUUAUUAUCUCAUGUCAUCUAACGCUCUUUUCUGCUUCUUAACUUUCUGUAGAAUUUUGAGUUAUUACUCAAGAACAAAACAGUAUGAAUAACAACUUUUUUGCAGCAGAAAGUCCGGCAUUUACCUAAUUUAUUUGUCUGAAGCAUCUUACAGUUUUACCCAGGUGAAGAGUAUUUUACAUGGUGUGAACAUUAAAGGUUGAAGGUGCGACAGAGUGCAUGAAUGGAAGAGGAUUUUUUUAAAAGGAGCUAAGUGGGGCGUCGGUGCGCGAGCAGUGAGUCAAAGGCCCUUCAGUUUCAGUUUAGUAUGUGUGUUCUUGCUGAUCUAAUCUCACCCUCUGAGAGCAAUACUGGGACUAAGCCCAUGUCUAACACACACACACACACACACACACACACACACACACACACACACACACACACACACACACACACACACACACACACACACACACACACACACACACACACAGACGUAACACUGCCAUAUAAGGAGAGAGUGAGAGGGAAUCAGGCAGGGUUGAAACAGGGGGUCUCUCUACUUUCCUUUUUCUUCCAUUUUCUUUACUUUUCCUCAAAGUCCCUCUUUCUUUCACUCUCUCUUAAUUCAUGCUUCAAUCUUGUUUUUUUGCUCUUUUAUUUCUUUCCUUUUCAGUUUUUUUAAGUCCGAUACUGUCUCUUUUUUUCUCUCAGUAGAUGAUACACACCCAGUUUUUUGGAAAGUUCCCUCUUUUGUAGCAUUUAUAAAUUGUCUUUCCUCCCUGGCUUCACUCAGGAGUACACAUUAACCAAACACCCUGCUGCUCACCAGCCCCUGCGCAAACACGCUGGUGUUAUUAGCCCAGACGAAACACAUGGUUGACAGGAGCGUGAGGCCAUCAGGAAAUAAGUUAGUUUCAAUCUAGUGUAGAGGCAAAUAAAUGGGCACUUCUUCUGCCAGUGAUGUAAUGCAACAAAAUCUCUCAUUUUCUGCCUGGCGGUUUUUUGUUUUUGCUUCUUUUUUAUUGUCUUUUUUCUGCAGACACAUUUGUUUUAUAAGGGGCUGAGCCCUGCAGGCAACCUCAUAUGUCUCAGAUGUUUUUUAAUAAUGUGUUUUCUGUGGUUUGGCUUGACCCAAGACUUGUAAACCACUGUGUACGAUUUAGCAGGUUCCUACAGGAAACCCUAGUUGAAUGCGCCGUUGUUCAGAUUUCCCAAAAGGCCUGUUUUUGUUUGUAUUAUUGAUCGUCUGUCAGUGUUUUGUUGGACUAACCCCAGUCUGUGUCCCUUAAUCGGGACCAAAGUCGCAACUAUUCGGGUAAAUCACAUUGAGCUGUUUGGACCCACAGAGUGUUUGUGGUGAGUCAGGAGGUUCAUAGUGACACUGUUGAUGAAUAUUUUAACAAAGCCGUGGUUAAUAUGUCGAGUAAAGAUGACAGAAAGUACCCCCUGUGGUUUGCUUGUGUGUGUGUUGUGAAGGCUGUGUGGUGGAAUGUGACUGUUUCAUGUGAGCAGUUAAAAAAGAGUCCACUUUCCUGGGAGUAUCCGGUAAUGCUGUGUGUGUGUGUGUGUGUGUGUGUGUGUGUGUGUGUGUGUGUGUGUGUGUGUGUGUGUGUGUGUGUGUGUGUGUGUGUGUGUGUGUGUGUAGCUGAGAUAAAGAAAAUGUUUCCCUUUUUUAGUUCUGUCUUACUGGGAGUUUGUUUCAUUAGAGGGUGGUCCUCCUCACCCAGUCAGGUCACCCUCUGUUCACAUGGAUGAGGGGCUCCAUGCAGCUCUUAUGUGUGACUUCAUUCUGUCAGUACGCAGCUGUAUAUAAGCAACUGUGCAGGUUGACUAUUAAACAUUUUGUUUUUGUUGCACUGAAAAGGCCAGUGAGGAGAGGUUAUUCUGACACUGAUUUCUGCUCAGUAAUUAUCCACUCAAUGUAGCUGGUGUGUUAACCAAUACCUGUGAACUUAAUGGCUAAUUUAUUUGAUUUGAUUACUGACAGUCAGUAUAAAAAGUAAAAUGACUCAUGGGUAAAUUCAAUUAAGUUGAUUGCAUUUAAAGUUCCUGAUGGAGUGCAUGCUGAUUCAUGGGAGUAUAAGUGCUGCGUAAAUCUAAGCUACUUCAAGCACCUCUGAGGAUGUUUUUUGACAUGAAAUAGAGUAAUAUUUAAUAGGGAUGGGCAAUGAUUUUUCGAAUAUUCAAAUAGUCAUGAAUAUUUAAAAAAUCGAAUAGUUCAUGCGAUGAUGGUUUUGUUAGUAACAUAAAAAAAAGCGUUUUACUGGCACCUCGAAUGAAGAGAAGUUCAGUGCGACCUCUGCAAGGUUAAACUAGCAUAGCACAAAUCGACAACGAGUAUGCUCGGCCAUUUAAGAGCGAGGCCUGCAGCAGAAAGUUGGGCACUGUUUGCAGAUCACCAGUCAAUGACAAGCUUCGUCACCUGAAGAAGUAAGUUUGAUGAUCGUCGCGCAGAGCAAAUAACGAUCUUUGAAUAAUUUUCAAAUAGUUGCCAUCGAAUGUCGAAUUUGCUUGAAAUGCCCAUCCCUUAUAUUUAAAUGAAUGCUUUUUUAUAACAUCCAAAAGCAAACAACACUGUCACCAACAUGACUGAUGAUUUUUAUAUCCCAAUUUUAAGUGCCUGUAACUAGAGUUUGACCAGUUUAUUGGUUGGCCAAUAAAAUGGGCCAAAUAAUGGCACUUUUUUAAAAAUAGUUGGCAUUGUUCCCACAAGGCUGAUAUCAUGAUAAUGUUUUCUAAAUUCAUUAAAAAUCCAUUUAAAACAUGUUACUAGCUAAGAUAACCAUAAAUGUUUGAUUUUACUGGAUUAAUCCAUGACGAAAAAUUGAAAAUUUUAUUAACACAACAUUUAUUGAUUUUUGUUUCCCAUUUUUUGUGUUAUUGAUUUGUUGUAUUUUGUCAAAUGCAAAAAUAAAGACAAUAAAAAAAACAUCAAUACGCUGUCAUUGUUAUCAGCAUUGUCUGCUUAGAAACCAACCAGUAUGCCACUACGAUAGACUGUAUACAGAAUGGACGCCGGCUGCCUCCUCUGAGAACAGCACCCUCUGGUGAUGGGCUGCAGUAUAGGUCAUAAAUCCCACACCCUCCAGCAAAGUUUAUGGAGCUGCGGACAAACUUUAGAAAUUUAUUACACAGAAUAUACAUUUUUCUCCCCCCUGCUUGUGAUGUUGACAUGUAGUUACUGUAAGACUGGUUUGUGCUCAAGUCCUCUUUUUUCUGUGAAGCUCCGUUUUUAAAAGUUAUUAGGAAGUUUAUGUUUUCUAUGAUUGACACUUGAUACAGCCUAUGGGCGUACAAAGAUUGCGUAGCUCACCCGGGGGAAUACACUGAGCCAAAUGCCGAAUGCGCACAUUGCUACUGAGCAAGUGGUGAAGUGCGUACAGUGCUACUGCGCAAACCAAGUUGUCCAUAGUAUAUACAGUCUAUACCUGUAACCCAUGAGAGGGGGAAAGUGUCAGCCAAGCAGCUGAAGAAACAACCCUGAUUCACAAUUUCCUGAUAGUGUUCACAAUAAAUUAUCAAUUUGGGCCUCUGAUUUUGCCCCAAAGACACUUUUUAAACAUGUAGCGUACAGGAUAAGACUUCUUUGUCCACAGGGGGCGCCAAAACUGAGACAAAUCAGAAGUUUCUCACAGCAGCUUUGACUAAAAACAUUUUUUUCUUUUAUUAUCCUUGCUGGCCUUUUUAGCACUGAAACAACAGCCGUUACCAUCAGUGUAUAAUUUGUGGUGAACUUGGGUAAAUGUUUCAGCCUGUUUCUCAAUCAGUUUGAAAAUGAGACAUGUAGUGUAAAAGCAUCUUGAAUGGUCAGAAGAGUGGAAAAGAGCUAUAUAAGUACAAACACAUCCACUUUUUUUUACUAUGCAUUAAUGGGACUUGAUGCAUGCAGACAGACAUUUGUAGCCUCUGACAGUCAUUUUCUUGCAGAUCAAUGUAUCCUGUAAUAUUUUAAACUUUAAUAACAACUCUAAAAUAUACUGCCAUGAAAUUUGUCCACAUACAGUAUUAGUAAAUCCCUGCUGGAUCACAAAGCUAAAUAAAUCAGUUUGGUGAUCCUCUGAGUCUACUUCCAGCACCAUCACACACAAACAGAAACCCCUCCAGUUCCCUGUUUCUGCCCUGCUGUUCUUGGGUUGUUUUUUUCACAGCCAGCCUUCCUGUAGGUCCUCCAUGAUUGUCCCAGAUGUUGUUGCUAGGAGAUUUGUGACGCAACAACAAAUCCUCUGUAGUGUGACAGUGUUGCUGAAAUGUUCGUGUGUGUGUGUGUAGAGUCUCAUCAUUAUGUGUUCAGUAGUGUCUAGUUUUUUUUCUUACUCAUUCAUGCUUUCUCUUCCAUUCAGAUGUUUCUGUAGCAACUCGUGUAACAUAGCAACUAACCAGCCAAUGACAGAGCUCGAUUUCUGUGCUUUUUACUCGCUCCAUCUCUCCUUCUGUCACCAACUUACCUGCUUUCCUGUCCAAACUGGAAGAGUGUCAAAAGAGCUGCCGUGAAGCCUUCUCGCAGGCUUCUUGUUCAGACUGUCACUGAUCCUUUAAGGCCUUUCUGAGAGAAAAAGUGACACCCGCAGCAGCAGCUGAUCUGUUGAGAAUCACACAGCUGCAAAACAAAAACUUGCCACAACAGCAACAGCAAAGUGCAAUCUUUUCUGUUUUAUGUGGGUGACUUCCUCCCCACAUUUUCUGGUCUUUUAAUUAACUUUUAUAAAUUUAAAGUCUUUUGCACUCUCUCAAUCGCUUAAAUCCAACCAUUUAUCACUUUGCAUUUCCUCCUCUGCUGUUGUAGAAGAGAAAGGACUAAGUUCCUGAACUAUCCCACACAAACCUGAUGGUGUGUAGCGGACACCUUUAAUGUGAAAUUUCAGUCAAAAAAGAAGAUUUAGAUCAGCUGAUAAUGCUGUAGUGAGAGGGUGAGGUCGAAGUUGUGAAAAACAGAAACUUUAUUCUUUCAGCCAAAAUUCAGACCACAGUCUUGUUGUCUUUGUCAGUCACUGUGGUAUUUCUACAUAACAUUUUAACCCCAAAAGAACCAUUUUAGGUACACAAAAAUAAAACCAAACCCUCUGUUCAUUAUCAGUUUCCAUUUAUUUAUUUAUUUUUGGACAAUCUGUGAAACGUCUUAAUUUGUAAUUUUUCACUGAUAUCACUCUCAGUUAAGGAGGUCAAAAUGUUUUGUUACACACUGCUGUAAAAGUGAAUGGUAACGUAAUGUUAUCAUUCGUGUUAGUCGUUGUUAGAUUGAUAACAAAAAGGAAUAAAACUGUAGCUGAUGAUCUCUUUUUCUUUUUUUCUUCUUUUUCAUCCUAACCCGGACAUGUCCUCUUUUUGGGGGGCUAUCCAGGCGGUCUGGCUUUGUCCGGGGAAGUUUAUGAAAUUCUUCAAACGUCAGUGAUUUUAUACGAGAGUUUCGAUUCGUUGUCACGUGGACUUACUGAGUUAGGAGCAUGUAAAAGACACUCGAUCCGACCCGAAAAACUCCCAAAAUCAACUUUGUGGACUCCAUGACUCAGCCCUCGCGCAGUCGUGUCCUCUUUUUGGGAAGUCAGAUUAUUGUCACCCAACAUAAAGAGGCAUCGUUUUCAGUUUCAGCCUGUUUCUCAAUCAGUUAGAAACCCCUUACAGGGCCUUUAAACACCGGAUGUCCAAACUACAGAUUGCACCUCUAAAAGCUUGUUGGUUGAAUUGAGAUCCGGAUGGUCGUUUCAGUGCUGGAAUAGGAAGGAUGUUCAGAAAUCUAGAUGUCAUAAGCAACAGUUUUUCUUUUUAAACUGUGCUGUUAUGAUACAGGAUGACAGCAGCAUGGGGACACUGGUCACACUGGUACAGCAGACGAUGCCCAGCUGUGAUACUGGGCAAAGUCCAAGAAUAGAUUUAUGACGGAUUAUGAAUGUGACUUUAAAAGUUUAGAACUGUCGCUCUCUUCUUUUCCGUUGUUCUCCUCCUCACUGCUCCACCCUCUCAGCCUUUGUUUUGGUGCAUUGUGUUGUGUCUCUUGUGUGUAUGCUUGUACAUGUUGUUCUGACUGCCAAAUUGGCUUUUUCAUUGCCUGUGGUGCACAGAUACAGUACAGGAAUACUCCUCUCUCCUGCUGUCUGUAGGGUUGGACUUUUUUUGUUUUCAUUAUUGUAAAUCUUGCCAAAGCUGCUCUGUAUAUUCCCUGACAACAUUUUCCUGGAAAGGUUCAGCUCCAUUCAACCUUUUUAAAAAGCUUGGCAUGUGUUUUGAUUGCCUAAAGCUGUAAUAAGACACUUCAUUUAUUGUAGCUCUACUGGCCAACCAGCCUGAACACACACACACACAUGCAGGGAUUUUAGUCUGCAAGGGGCCAGGAAUGCCGAAGAAAGAGGGAUAAAGAGGGAAAAGAGGGAGAGAUAGAGGUAUAAAGGGGGAGAAAGAGGGACCAGAAGGGGAAGGAAAGUUUAAAAAAAAGAAAGAAAGGAGUGGAAAAGAGAGAUUGCUUUAAUCCAGAGUAUGGUGUUUAGUCUGGGCUAAGCUGCGGCAUUAUAACAGCACAAUCUGCUGGUGACUGAUGGCUGGUUUUUCCCCUCGCUGCUUUUUGGCAUCAUAUUUUCUCCAUUCCUGCUUGUCUUUUCUCCACCCCUCUUCCUCUUCUCUUUUUCCCACUGUUGGUCUCGAGCUACUAUAAUUAUCACCAUGUUUGUGGGCAGUGAGAUAGAGUUUGUUUAAGAGCUGCUGAAGAGCCAAUAUUAGCAUGUCUUUGGCAUCUUUUAUAAGCGCGGACAUCCUGAUAAGGCCCUAAGAAUAACUUUUUAAAGAAAAUUGAAAGAACGGUGGCUUGAUUUUUUAAAAUUUUGUUCAUUUGUGCAGUGUGGUUGAUUAUCAGAAGAAGAGCAACAGAUGGCAGAGGGUGGCAGAAAGGACAAACUGGGUGGGAGAGACAGAGGAGGUAUUUCCGGAUGGGAGCUGGGGUUAAGACAAGUCUCUGUGGGUGAUGGCAAUCUCUGUAUCCCAGUGCAUUGUGGGAAUAGGUUGCCGGACAGGAAGUGGAUAGAAUGUCAGGUUCAGGCCCACAGGAUGUAGAGUGGCUUAAAAGCUCCUCCUGGUGUGCUAGAGUUGUGUUGUUUGCCUUAACUUAGAUUUUUCAGUAAAUGUUCGAAGAGGAAGUUGCGGAGCAUGUCGCUUUUACACAUCUUUUUUUUUUCCACACUUAUAGUGUUUUAGUGUAACAGAGUCAUGUUGUAGAUGCUUUUGUCCAAAACAUCACAUAUCUGAGAGAGCUAGAGCGAUAAAAGCAAGAAUCUCUCAAGCAGGCUGCCCCAUUUAUCGCAGGUUUUUACAUUUAUAUUAGAAAAUACAUGUCAUUAAAAUCAGCUAAAAGCACUUGGGUGAAAAAGGCUUUUUUAGUCUCUUCUCUCUUUCUACUUUUUGUACUUCUUCUACCAACAAUUUGAAGGUUAGUGCUUUUUUUCUAUUCUGUCCUUGUGUAGAAACACGCCGGUCCAAGAAAGCAGCUUGGUUGGAAAGGACCUGCUACUCAUGCAGAUAAUUAUUCACUGAUUAAAAAAGACUUAUGAUUAAUAUAUUCCAUUACUACCAAUUCUGUACUGCUAAAUGCUGCUACAUACUGCACACUGUACCUUUAAACAUCUAAAUGAAUGCACUGAGUGAACUCAGAUUCACUGAUGAGCAAAUGAAAGUAAUAUUGCAUGCUGCUUUGAAGUGAUGUUAGGAGUUUCCCUAUUUUAAUCAUACCUUUAAAAGAAAAUAUAAUUCUAUGUGUUUGCAUAGUUUCAAUGUAUAUGAAAUUUUACAGUUGCAACCUUUUAAAAGUGACUCCAUUUGACUCCAGCACCACCUCAUUCGUCUUAUUUUUUGAUCCACCAAUCUUGAUCACACAUGAUCUCAGUUGUCUUCAUUAAUUCCUCUCAGGUGCCUCCACGAUACUGUGUGUGUGUGUGUGUGUGUGUGUGUGUGUGUGUGUGUGUGUGUGUGUGUGUGUGUGUGUGUGUGUGUGUGUGUGUGUGUGUGUGUGUAUUAGCUCAAAUGCUGAUCUCGUUCUUGUCUCAGCCUCACCUCUCGGGGACAAAGACUCUUUUCACAGCUCACAUCUCUCUCUCUCUCUCGACUUCUCUCUCUCUACUUCUCUCUCUCUCUCUCCACUCACACAAACCCAAACCGUCCCAUAAGAGUGUAUUGGAGUGUGAGUGGAUCUGGUUACCUGUGUGCGGAUUUUCCUUCCCUCUUUGUCUCACACUAAUCCAGCAAUAAUUUUCAACACUUGUUCUUGACUUUGCUCAUCACUCUCUGAAUAACUUUGUACACCGUGGAAAAGUUGUUUUACACACUUUUUAACAUUUUUUAUAUGCAGUUCAUCUUUUUUUGAUGUUCGGUGACUGCUUUGUGAAUUCUUGAUGCCUUUGGUAGCAGAAGUAGUAGAAUGAAAAUCACUGUAAUUGUAGUGACUUAUCUCCUUGAGUAUUGCCCCCUUGUGGAUACUCGUAAUGCAUGAGUAUGUACAAAUGCAGAUUAAUACAGUGAAGGUGCAGUAAAAGUAGAGUGAUGUUUCCGUUUGAAUCCUACUUUUAUAUAGCAGCAUUUACUAUUCUGUCAAUCAAUACAAAGUGGGCACUUAUGCACCAUUAGCACAUACUCAAACAGACAGUCAGAGGGAGCAGAACAUACAGACAGAUCAAUAAAAUGACGUGCGUAUAGGGGGAAAUGUGCUCAAGCUUGACCCUGAUGUUGGAGAUAAAAGUCGGACUCAUCAUGUUCCUGGAAUCUCCUCUUUUUGUCCUUUUAACCUGUGCUGACUCACCUGCACCGCACAUAAACACCUGAAUUUCAUGUGAUGCUGGUUCAUAAAUCAUUUCCAGUCGAUUCAGCCCCACUUCUUCUGUUUCUGCUUGUGUGUUUGUGUUUGCACCUGAGGGUUGUUUUAAUAGAUACCAGAUGGAUAAUAAGGAGAAAAAAAAAUCAGAGCAGCAGACACGGGCAAACACACACAUGAUGGAACAAGCUGUAUGCAUACACAGGUGUGUGAUGAGACAUUUUGUUUUGGUCUGUUUGGGCAGUCAUGCGGCCACCUCUCCUCAGGUUACUUCAUGUCUCUCACACACACACACACACACACACAAACGCACACACCUGUUGAUUAGUGUGUAUGCUGACAGGUGUCAUCAGUUCUCAAAUGUGUUUAUCUACAGACCACCUCCACACUGACUGAGGUUUCGGGCUGCAAUAUUCACUAAGAGGCAGCCAGUGACACAGACAUUAUAUCAGCAGUCAUUUAGUAGUAACACUUGCUGACACACAAACACACACACACACAAGCGGGAGAUGGAUCCACUCACACAAACACACAUUUCUUGGCAAGUCAGGAAGGAAAUACAAGGUUGAACCACAACUGCAGAGUCAGCCCACUCAUGUCUAUUCACAUAUGGUGUACUUUUUUAUAAUGUACUGGUGUGUACAAACAGUGUGUGAAUGACAGCUUGUGUGUGGUGUAGGGCUGGGCGAUAAACCGAAAAUUUACCGAUACUGAAAUUUAUGACAAUAACCGUCGCCAUUUUGCCCAUGUCAGUAUAUUUGGUGUCAAAAAAAUAAAUAAAUAAAAGUUGGUUUUGGAUGUGUGUAGGUAGGCUAUGGUCUCAUGUUCCUUUAAGAUGCUGUCCUAUGUUGGAGAUGUGACUCCACCCCAUCCAGUGUGUAACAAAGAGGGAAAGACAGGUGAGGAGAUGGAGGACAGUUCAAAAGUCGGAGCGGCUGAAGUAGACGAAGUUUAUGUAGGAGGGGUUAAGCAGCUUGUGGAGUAGUUAUCGUCCAUUUAUCAUUAUCGAGGUGAACUGCUCAUCAUAUCAUGAUAUUGAUUUGAGGCCAUAUCGCCCGGCCUUCAUGUGGUGCAUCAUCAUCUAGUGUUUCCUUCACUUCCUUUUCCAUCAUACAGCACCGUUUCUGCUCAAAUACACCGAGACAUGAGAGAAAGGAGCUCAUAAUCCCGAGAAAAGUAGUUCUGUCCUUGAAACCUGUGUAGAGUGUGUGCGAGUGUAUGUGUGUGUGUGAAUUCUUGCCUCUUGAAAUGUGGGUCAGCUGCCAUUAACCUGGUAGCUCAUUCAGGGAGAACACUCCAUCCUAGACUGCCCACAUCUUCUUCAUGUGUGUAGAUGCAGAAUAAACUCAUGCAAGCACACACACUUGAUACCCCCCCCCCCCACACACACACACACACACACACACACACACGCAACUACCUAGCAACUGCAUUAGCCCCAAUCUAAACAGGAAAUGCUGAGGAUGUGAGCACUCAGUUGGGUUGCUGUGGAAACUAGUUGCUACCUCUGCUGAUGUAACCGGUCCAGUUCAACAAUAACAAUAACAAUGUAAAUGAACUUGAUAACUAUACAUAAGUACAUUUUAGAGUAUCUGUUAUUCACUUGAGUGUUGGAGAAACAUAUCACUUAAGCUCCACUACAAUUGAAGGACAAAUAUUGUUCUUUUGACUUUACUAUCACCAUAAAUUUUCACAUUACUCACAACUUUUUCUCAGAUGUCAGCAGAUUCAUUUUCUUUCUUUUCCAAAAUCUGAUCUGGUUGAGAGUAAACAGUGUUUUAGUGGCUCUACAUGUGGUGUUAUCAUUCUCACUGGUUCAGAGCAAAUGCACAGUAGGCAUCACUCAGAUCAGGCAGUUCAUAAUGAGAGGAUACAGAAGGAUGAGGAUUCUCUUAAACCUGUAUAUGAGGUCUUUGAAAUUAGACAUGGUUCCCUUCUUUCUAAAUGUUGCACAAAACUGAUCUCAGCCCACUAAAUGCAUUAGAAAGUAUUUCUUCUUUCCAUAUUGUUUCUGUUAUUUUGAAGCUGCACAUCUGGAAAUCUGUGGCAUGUUGGUUUAAAAAAUACAAAUUGUGCAACAGUAUGUACUCCUUAUUGCACUCGUACAUCGCACAAAAACAUCAAUGUUUUGAUAUAUUUUUAAGUAGUUUUCAAACUAAAGCGAGUACUUUAUCUCAAUGAAUCAUUUUUCACUUUUAUUCAAGUAAUUUCUGACCAGGAGUAUUUACAGUACUCUUAAUACCUAUUUACUCAUUUACUCUAUUUAUUCGGAACUUAUUUAUUUAUUUAGAACUGCUACUUAUUACUGUAUUUGUUUUUAAUGAUGCACUGACUGUCUGGCACUUUUUUAAUUUCGUUGUACUGGUUACAAUGACAAUAAAGACUAUUCUAUUCUAUUCUAUUCUAUUCUAAACUCAAAUAAUGUCAUACAACAUAUCAAGUCUCUGUCUACUUUCCAUCGUAAAUCGAGCAGAAUUAGUGCUCAAUAUUUCUAUUAACCAUACAGUAGGUGCUGUGAGUACUUGUGCAAACAAAAGGCCCUUCAGCAAAGUGCUGCUUCUCGAUAGAAAAGAUAAAUAAUUAAACUGACAAAAGAAAAGCACGUCUUUCUUCUUCAAGGGCAGACCAUGUAGAGAGGCUCUACAUUCAAAUGCGAAGUGUUUUGUACUGUAAGGGAGACAUGUAUAGAUUAUGGAUUAGGUAAGGCAGUGUAAAUGAGUGGCUUGAAUAGAAACAGAAAUCAAGACAUAAAUGAGAAACAUCUCCCUGUUCACUCGUUCAGAGAUAUAAAGCGUCAGACCUUGAUGAAAAGUCAUAAUUGUGGUCGAGUGUUGAGAAGCAGGAGUGCUUAUGAAACAGUUGAAGUGCUCUUUGGACAGCAUUUAAUGUGAUUUGUUUUCAAGAGUCAAAAAAACUGUCAUGAAAAGGAAAAAUAGGAGUUCAGAAACUCGAGUAUAUGCAGUCAGAAUUUCUGCGCUCAACGUCAACAUGCCAGAGAGAUUGUCAUCUCUGAUCUCUGUCAGCAGACCUUCAAAACCACCUAUUGUCUCUAUGGCAACAGAGAUUAAAGGUCAUUGUCCCGCCAUGAGCUCGACCUUUUCAAAAUGUUAUUUGGUGCCCUUUUUUCGUUUAUGAUCUCUGUUGGAGUAAGCCUAAGAGCUAGGGAUUUAAAAAGAGGGCAAAAGUCACCUCACACCCACUCAACUAUUUGGUGAAAUGCAAAACGUACAGCCCUGAAUGGCUUCAAGAGGUUUCAUAAUUUUGUCUCAGUCAAAUUAUAAAAGUGUGUAGGUUUAUCUGGAUUCAUCCCAUCAACAUCAAAUCACAUUUUCUGUGUUUUAAAGCUCCUCCGUGCUCUUCAAGCUUACUUCUACAUGAGUUCAGCUUGCCUUGAACCCACAUGCCCUCCAUCUUCUACUUAUGCAACUUUCAUUAAAACUGAUUAUUAUAUUAAUGCCUUGAAGAGGAACACUCAAGAUGCAGCUAAUCUGCACACACUCUCGAAAUUAUUAUCUUUAAGAAUCUUAAUGAUUCGAUCACUUCUUGGUUUGCCUUUUUAAUUUCAGAGGAUGUUUCAUUGGGUGUGUGCUUGAUGGCAGCAUAUUAAUGUGGGUGCAAGUACUCUCUGAAUUGUUAAAAGACCGUACAGUUCUGCAUGUUUUAAAGCAUUGACUUUGCUUAGUGAUGAUGUGGUUGUUGACUGAACUUUUUUGGGGGGCUGCUCUGGAUAGUGUUUGCUGAUUAGGAAUGGUCCUUGUUGUAGCUAGAGUUCGAUGAUACCAAGAUAAUAUUAAUCACAAUGUGUGAGGGCAUGACAACCCAAAAGACAAUGGAACCCUUUUGAACUUCUUAAAGUGUAAUUUGGAGUGAGAACAUUGGUAAUGAAUCCAUCUUUCUCUUUCUGCAUCUUCCUCUAUCCUUUCUCUAAACCCAAAGCAGUAAAAGCGGAUGACUGUCUUACAAAGGUCAGGAUCUGCUCAAGGUUCUGCCUCUAUUGAAGGCCUGUCUCAGAUAAAGGCCUGAGCCACUAUUUGUAUACUGCCAACCUACCUGUACACAUUACUUAAACUCAAAUACACUUAAUGUUUGAUCAUUGCAGACACUCAAUAAAUUUUAAAGCUAAUUAGAAACCUCAGACGAGUCAAUUACCGACUGCAGUGGGGUGACACAGCUCAAGGAAGAACAUUUAUGAUCAUUUCUUCAUGGAAAUGCAAUCAGACUGAGACGCUAAGGCGGAAGAACUACAGCGUCUGCAGUGCAAAAUGAUAAAUAUGAUGAUUAUUACCUCUAGGAAAUGAUAAAGAAAUGAUCAUAAAUGUUCUUCCUUGGGCUGCGUCACCCCGCUGCAGUCGGUGUUGGACUCUUCCGAGGUCGGCUGCUGGAAGAGAGUAGGUGAGUUGUGUUUAGUCUCUUCACUAAAGAAAUAAAGAAAAGUUAAAAAGAUGUUUGGUGGCUAGUGCUGAAGUUAGGUGCUGUUCUGAGCAUUAUUUGUGGCUAUAGAGUGGCGUUUUGAGGUUUGUUUAUGGCUCCUCAGACCACUUGUAUUGCUAUUGUGUGGUCGCUACUAAAGUUGAACUAGAGAAGCAAGCGGUCGGCAACAUUCAUCUCUGGAGAGGGUGUCUAACUCGAUGUUUGACUCUAACCUAAUUUUAUGCUGGAAUAUCCCUUUAAGCAUGUAGGGGACAUGAUAAGCAAAGACUGCUUUUGCCACAGGGGGCGUCAAAGUUCACGCAGAGAAAAAGUUCCUCACAGGAGCUCUCGAAAAAAUCCUCUGAAACUGUCAGAUGCACCGUUUACUUUGAAUUCUCAAUUAGGGCCACUUUCACCUCAGGUAAGGUCAUGUUGUCUGUCGCCUGCAGCUUUGACCGACUAAUCAGUCCUCUUGCUGGUGGUCUCUUUAACCUUUCUAAGUCAUAUAGGAUCAGUAUUUUUUUUAGAUCUAUUUCAAAACCAGCUGACAUUUCCUCACAGAGGCUUUAGGGCCUGUUUUCACUGCCAACAUUUUAUGCGCUUGCAUUGCCCAUGACCUUGUAGCACCUCUCACUGGCGCUUGCUGCGGCUGAGUCACUAAGGAUUUUCAGUGACACCUCUGGUUUCCUUAGCAAUGAUCAGAAAGUCUAUUAGAAAAGGCUCUAUAUGCUUCAUAUUAGCUUUUACUCAAUCAAUUUUUACUAGUCAGAGUACUCCCCUUUAAAAAACAAUACUAGUUUGAUUUGACUAUUGAUUGUUUCUGCAACAUAGAGGAUUGAAGGUAAUUAUAAUUGUGGGGACAUACAAUGUUGUCGUUAAGGCUGAGCAAGAGUAGGGUCCUUUAAAAUGUCCACCUUGCUGGCUGUUGUCAUGGUUAUCUGUGGGCAGCUGCCAUGAAGUGUAACAGCAUUUGAACAAGAUAGGCAGAAAAAGCAUGUUCAUGAAGUGCAAAGUGACUAAGGAAACCUAAAACCGUGCUGUCGUAAGAUUGUGGUUAACGAGCUUUAAUGACAGAAAAAGACGGAUGAAUGGACAGCUCUGUCAUCCUGUCCUCCUCCUCAUCCCCUCAUCGAUUAUUUAAGGAGGGAUUGGUUGAGCCUGGCUCAGCUGAGGACUGUGAGCGUCUGCCCUGCCUGCUGUCUCUCAUUAUUCACACCCAAGGGGGAGGGCUACGACACACUCGCACACACCCACACAUAAACACGCACUUUUUAUCUCUCUCUCUCUUACCCCCUGGUCCACACACACCGAUACAUGCGCUCCUUGCUUACAUCAUCCAUGCAGUAGAGGCAGAUCAGACAGCCAGGCGUACAUGCUGAAGUGCGCACCUUUGCCUCUCGUGGAUGCACACGCUGAAGACACGCGACUGGAGGAGAAGGGGAUUUUCAGAUAAGUUGCUUUUUGAGGGACUGAAUUAUUGAAGAGCAUUUGUUGUGAAGAAGUGAAGAAGAAGAAGAAGAGGGGGCAUGUUCAUUUUCUGUUGAGGAAAGCUGGUGAUUCCCUCCUCUCUCUCAGGUGUGUCUUCUCCUUCCUCGCGUUCCUCCUGCAGACAUGAAGACUGAGUUUCUUUGAGUAAACAAACCCUGAAAAACGCAGCAGGUGUUUCCCAGUUGUUUUGUGGGUGUGUGUGAGAGUCUAUGUGUGCAUUGAGGCACACAGACCAGUCCGUAUGCUGCAGAUGGUUCGAACCCUAGCCCAGUUCAGCAUCGCUCUGGAGGAAAUGAAUGAAAACGGGGAAAAUACUGGAGAUGAUGGAGGUGGAGGAGAGAGAGAUGCAGGAGGAGGAGAAGAUGUGAUGGAGAGAGACGCUGUGGAUCAGCUGAGAAACAACAACGGGAAUGGGAACUCGGGCGGGAAUUUGAACGGGAAUGGAGUUUGUGCUGGGAGCCCUGGUGGAGAGGUAGAUGUGUUUUUCUUGUCUUUGUUGUUAAAGUCUGUUUUGAUGUGUUGACUCUUUCAGCCUGUGUGAAGUGCCUUUUCGCAGAUUAGAUCGACUUUGUCUUGUCUUCAGUUUCUUUUUAAUCCGCUCUCAGUGUUGCAGAAGUUGCUUUUCUUCGAGUUUCCUUCUGUUUCUUAUUUUUCUUUGUAUUUCAGAUCUCCUUCUUCCUUGAAAUAUUGCCCUUUUUUCAUUCUCUUCUGUCUGUGACUCUGCUCUAUAACAGAAUUCAAUUGCAGUGAAUCAUACCAUUAACUCCAACACCUACAGUAUUUUUUAUCACUUUUUUUUCGUUCUAGUCGGUCAGUCUGAUAAAAUUCCAUAUCUCAUGUCAGCCUGAAUUCUCGAGUUAUGUGUGCUUGAGUUGUUGCACCUUUUGUGAAUACACUUUGCGUGUGUGAACACACAAAGUCACACACAAACUCUAGAUGCAACACAGCAGCUGCAGAUCUGCUGUGGUGCAUGACACCCAGACUGUAAAUCCCUGGAGUUCCCUACGAGUCAAUGGAAAUGUUAAAAUUCUAACCCUGCCCUUCUUUACAGUUUUGAAAGACCAUUUGCCUUUGUUAGUUUUAUUUUAUUUUAUUGUAUUUUGGCUCAUGGUUGGGAAAAAUAACUUUUAGUGCAUAUAUUUGUACAUCUAACUACCUCAGACCCCUAUCUUUAAAAGAUAAGUUAAAGAGCAAAGAUUUAGUUUCACAGCUGGAAAUACAUAUUUGCUUCUUUUUUUUUAAGUAACUUGAUAAUUGUUGAACAAAAAUAUUAUAUAACUAUUUAUUUUUUCAUUUUUUUCUGUGUGAGCACAGACCUUUUGGUGAUAUCCAGAAUGACAAUGAAUCAGAACAAGACUAAUUUAGCACUUUAAUAUUCAUUGUUUCAUGAGGUUUGAAUCAGGAGACUUUGAGGCAGGGAUAGAAGUAAUGAUGAUGAUGAUGAUGAUGAUGAUAGAUGAGUUGUGUUUUCAAUCAAUAGUGUGUGAGUGUGUCUGGAAAAAAGAGAACUAAUGAUGAUAAUAGAGUAGGUUAAUCCAGUCCAAGGCCUGACAUUGACGAGUGCAGCGUACACAGACUCAUACACGUGCUCUCACAGAGUUACAUAAGCUGACAGUGAAGGAUGACACUCCUUUAUGUUGAGGACUGUCACCCGGAAACAUGACCAAGAUGUGAAAAUCAAUUUCCGUGUUUUCACAGAGCUGCAUCGAUGAAUAGAGGCAGAGAGGAGGCUGAUGAGGUUGCUUUCUCUGUGGGCUUAGAGGAUGCCUGUUGCUGCUUUCGCCUGGCUGUUGCCAGGGGAUACAGUCGUCGUAGAGGGGGGAGGAGGGGUGAGGAGGUGUGACGACAGUGAUAAGACAAGAGGGAAGAGGAGACUGACUGUAUGUCUGAUGCUGAUGCUUUAAAUGAAAUAUCUCCAGCUCAGGGUCAUGGGUAACUAAAUCCUGUAUAUUCAUGAUGAAGAGGCAGUGAAGGGUGAUGGUUUGAUAUCUGUCUCUCCAUCCGUCUGUUAGUCUGCUGUACCAAAGGCUACCACCGUGACUACCAAGAGAACUUUACAUUUCAGAUUGACGAUGCAUCUAAAAAAAAUAAAAACUGGCCAUUCUCUGUAUGAUGUGGGCUGGGUGAUUACUCAGAUUUUAAUUUUAAUCACGAUUACCCCCCCGCACAGUCACAAAAAUAUGAUAAUCAAGACUGAAUGAUCACCAUGUUGCGAUCGUUUUGUCCCGUAGCCUGGGAUGAAAGGAGGAAGCCCAACCUUCCUUUUCGCUUUUCACUUUAACUUUGCCAUUAACUUAGAUCAAUGUGAAAAGUGCUAUUCAGUGCUAUUUUAUUUGAUUUUGAUUUAUUUGAUUUUUUUAUUCAAAUAUUCUCGUCAAAGUGAACAAAAAAGUUUUUUCCAUUUGUGAAUUCAGAGUUUAAAAGUUUUAAAGAGGUUUUAAGUUUUUUUUUAGAACUGUGAUUUUUAUUUCCAAUCAAAAUAGCCUAAUCAUGCUUGUGAUUUUUGCCAUGAUUGAGCAGCCUCAGUAUGAUUCCUAAACUCAUCCUCCUGAACAGAUUGUUACCCAGUGGUUUGACUGAUUGAACCACCCAAAAACAUUAUUUGUUUUUGUGUCCCUUAAAGCCACAUCAGUCCCGAGACUUGCUUAUUUAGUCCUUGUAGGGCAUAGAGAAAUUGUGUUUAAAAGUUGAACAAAAUCACAGAUUUAGUGUGUACAUUUAGUUUUGUUCUGUGCAAAGCGAAUUAGGCAAAAACGGGGGAAUUUUUUAAGAAUCUCCAGUGAAAAGGUUUGGUUUUUGUCUAUAAAUUCCUUGAUAGUUUUAGAACUAAAACCUCCAUAUAUUAUGGGCUUUUUCUUCCUGGUUUUAAGGACUCCAAAUAUUAAAGUUCUGUGAAAUAAGUUUAAUUUGUGCAAAAUUUUAGAUUGGGAUGUUGUCAAGGAAUAAGUUGUUACUGAUGUAGAUUUCGUCUCCUUGGACUGGAACCAAGGUUGGGAUUUUCACUAAGCGAAACAGCUUUCAGGUUAGAGAGGUGCAUUAGAAAAUAGUGACAAUAUCACAUGUUAAAAAUGUGAAAAAGAAAAAAAAAAGAAACCAUUUUAAUCCAAGUUCUUUGCGACCCCAAGUUAACUUUGAAAGCCUUUUAUUUACCAUGAAAAUCUGUGAUUAAAAUGAUCAUGACCGGUUACAGCUCUUAUUAUGUCUCUGACUGAAAUCACCAUUCACUCCAGAGCUUUAUAUGGUGAAUGUACCAUUUGUUGUGCUAUUCAAACACUAAAGGACUAUAACACUCUGUAUAAUGGACAAAUUGUCCCCCACAAUGCAUUGUGAAAACAAGGGUGUUACUGAUGGGGACUAUCUAAGCACCGUGUAUGUCGGACCAAGAAUGUUUGUGGUUAACUAUGAUUCUUCUUCAUGACAAGAUUAUGAGAAUAAGAAGCUAAAGAAACAGAAAAGUUAUGAUGGCAUUUUUUAAACUAAAACAGUGCCAUUUUCCUCCAUUGUCAUUUAGUAAGCGCCCGUAAAGCAACGUGGAUACGAGAACAAGAACAACACAAGCAAAGAUCUAGACAAGAAGAAAAAGAUGGUGUCUGGUAGGACACCGUAGUUUGUAUUUGCCAGAUAAACCAGUUUUGUUAAAUCAAAUUUGAUGUUUCAGUAUUUUACAAAAAAAAUUGUCAUCUUUAUUCAUAAAAAUAUGCGCAGUACAUUUUUUAUAUCACUGGAAUUCAUGGUGUUUCUUGUCAGUGUUGAGCUGUCCUUUGAAAUGUGCAGCAACAGUGAUGUUGUUUAUCAUGCUUAUUGUUGAGCCUAUUGUCGGGCCAACUGUAUUCAGUUCAGCUUUGCUGCAUCCGUCAAUAAAGCUAUAGGACAAAGAGAUGGGCAAAAAUUAAACUCAUUUGCACUUUAUGUUUGCGACAAUCUUUAUACUGUAUGACAUGUCUGCAGUCAUAACAGCUUUGUCCCUGUCCUGUUGUUGCCAGCUAAGGUCACAGAAAAAGUGAAAGAACAGAUCUUAUAAAAUAUUUGACGGCACAAAGCAGCUGCAGCACUUGGAAAAAAUCACUGAAAAUGUGUGUCUUUUGUUGGCAAGGUACCAACUUUAGCUCUAAAAUUGCCCGUACAAAAGAGUUUGAUGAAAAGCAGAAUUUAUUUUCCUUUCAAUGCUGAAAACAUCACAUACAAUCAAACACCGUGCACGGCCUUGUCAAAUAACGGACAGGUGAAUUACCGGCAGUUUUGCACAGCUUUAUCAAAACAAGUUGAGUUACGCAAAAUCUUGAGAAAUCAUUAUAAAACCGAGUAACAAAAGAAGAGGCUUUUUGUGGUCUAAUUUAGUCUGGAAAGAACAGAACAACAUACAGUAACAUCACUGCUGUCAAAGACAGAAAUAUAGUUCAUACUGUAUCAGAUAAACAUCAUGACACCUCCCGCAUGGACGUGGAAAGAAGUCAAAUAAAACGACAUCAGACAAAGCUGCCUGUGCUCUGCUUAGACUCUGUUCUGCUGUAAUAUUUGGCUGUAGUUACGGAGAACAGCUUACUUUAUGGACCCCCUGUGACCACAAUUAUUAUUAAGACACCAGAGCUCGCAGAAAGACACAUGGGAACACACUGUACUACUAACACCUCUCUGUCUUUCAGAUACACUUGAAGGUUUCCUCUCGGUACCCUCCAAUGUUAAUGAGUGAUACUCUGAAACCUAUAAGCCAUUCAUCCUGUCAUGUUUAGGACUGUUGCCACUUCUAUGAAUGUCAGAUAAAGACUGUCAUUAAGGAUAUAUGUAUACCUAUGCAUGUCCUAUGCAUGUUCCGGUAGAUAGGUGAUGUUCUUCAUGUGCUGUCUGCUUCUGCGUGUGUCAAUUUAGAUUUGUUUGUAUUUGAGUGUUUUCAUACUUCUUCACCAUGAUUACUUGAACUUGUUGAACAGUGAUGAUGAAAUUUACCCCAGAUGCCCCUAUUGACUUCAUCUCAGCUUUUCUUUCAUUCCCUGCAAGUCACAAUUAGCAAGGUCAGUGUAUGCUCACUGCAGAGGAACAGUUUCAGGACUGGACUGAAUUAUUUCAAGUUGGUGUAUCUACAUUUCAGACCACUGUCUGAACAUGUUUAAUACAACACGCUGAGACAAUAGCAACAUGUACUUGUCAGAUUGUGUCAGUGUUGAGAUGCAGUGAGGUGAGGUGUGGAAAUUACUGACCCGUGCAUGGUGCCUCUGUCCUCUAGAAGGCGAUUGAACGUGGCUCAGGAGGACUGAAGCAGACAACCUUUCGGUCCUGAAGCAGGUUUUUUCCCUGGAAAGCCCUUGUGUUAGAAAACUUACACUUCACACAGCCAAUGUUUGUUUAUCUUGAAGCGUGCGUUAUUAAGUUUCCAACUUAUUUUAUAGCCCAUUAGUGUCUUUGUUUAUUUUUUCUUCAUCUGCUGGGAAUUUUCAUUGUAGGCGGUUACAAACAUUCAAAGAUUAUUGUUUUUUUCCCUCUUGUGGCUCAACCACAAUUUAUAUUCUCUUCCUCUGUGUGUCUCUGAGAGUUUUUUUUAAUUUAUUUGACUGAUUGUGCCACUGGGACACUAGAUCACAACAUAGCACUCACCAUAGUUAUAAGUUGCACCUGCUAUGUUUCUGUCAUGCUUGAUCCAUCAUGGUUACUCCUUUGAUAAUGUCUCAAAAAGGUAGAUCUUUAUAGUUAUUUCUUUACUUUUCUUUAACAUUUUACAUGUGUGUCACAAAUGAUACAUUUUAACAUAGCAGAGGGACUUAAGUGAGAUUUGGAGUUGUAAUUUUUUUUUUCCAAAUGAGAAACAUUAGCAUUUAGGUGAAUCCAAUUUGUUGACAACCCCUUUUUAUGAGUCCAACUGAAAAACAAAUCUAAAUUUUCUAACAUGAAAUAGACUAAUUUAGUCUUCAAAAUUGUCUUACAGCACUAAUGGUAAUUUACAUACUGUUGUUUCUGUGAGUAAGGGGAUGCUAUACCUCUGAAUGCAGUCUUAAAAAAUUGUUCACACAGUUUGUCUGCCUUUCUCUGGUCAUGUUUUUAGGGUUCCUGAUAUUCUUGUUUUUGUUAAAGCACUCAGUACCCCUCUUCUUGACAUGUGUUAUUAGUCUACAGUGACAGGAUUACAAGAUAUUACAAAAAAAAUAUUGUGUCUUGACGGGUCACCGUAGUUGAAUAGUUACAAUACGUCUUUUUGUCACACUUGAUCCAGUUGAACUCCGGUCUGGACUGAGAGGGUCUUCAAAGCCGCCUUUCCUGUGACCAUUGAGCCUCGCAGCUGAGGUUUCUAUGGCAACCAUGCUUGCAAAAUGAAACUAGCAUUCCUUGAAUUAUUUCACCAUGUUCUGGUGUGUGUGUGUGUGUGUGUGUGUGUGUGUGUGUGUGUGUGUGUGUGUGUGUGUGUGUGUGUGUGUGUGUGUGUGUGUGUGUGGGUUUAAUCUCAUAAAGACAACUAGCACAGUACAGAGGGACAUUCCUGUUUUCAGGGAAGUUCCCUUCUUGUCGUAACCAUUGACUGGAUGUCGGGUAUAUUGUGAGAUGUGAAGCAAAUAAAAAACAGCUGGCAUUUGUCAGCAUAGCUGUCAAUCAUUCAUCUUUUAAAAUUAAAUAACCUCUCAGAAAAAAUGAACUCUCCGAAAAUAAUUAGUAUGAUGACAAGUCAAGAAUUACAACAGAAACCCUGUUUGAGUAUUGUUGUUGUUGUUGUUGUUGUAGCUUACAGUCUCUCAUUUGACCCUGGUUCUGUCUGUUAGCACUAAAGAGGAGGAGCUAAUGACAUGUACCUCAGCCAGUCAGUAGAGGGAGCUCUAAAUACUUUGGCUUCACAGUCAGUGUACACUUACGGCCUACAGUUUGAUAUACACUCACUCACACAUGCACAUUGUUGCCCACCUUUCUUGUUCACGCACACCUGUGUGCAUGUGCCCAUUUUACUUUACCAGCGGAUGAAUCACUCUAUAUCAGAGGUAGUUUGUUUGUUUCUUGUUUUUGCAAUAUCACAUGGAUUAACAUUUCCAGUUAAGAAGUUGUAAGAUGAAGCGAGUGGAUCUGCAUUCCAUAAUUUGAUUAUCAGUAAUUAGGGUUAAUUUGUGUAAGACAUUCAUGCAGAAGCAGCUGUUUUUCUUGUAGGGAAUGCAGUAUGUGUUUGUGUGCAAGUGCAGAAAAUAUUGAGAAGUGCACAAUCUUAUACAAGAACUUUAUUGAUCCCCAAAAUAAAUUCAUUAAAAUUAAUUCUUUUAAUGCAUUUUGUAGACUUUGCACAUCAAAUGGAUCCUGAAACCAACUGUAUUGAUGAUUUAAAAUGAAUAUUUAUUUUAUUAAGACAGAAAUCAUUUAGUAAAAAAAAUGAAAUUUACAAUCUCAAAGCAUUUAUCGUCAUUGAAGACAAAAAAUGAUGCCAAUGAAAUAAUGAUGAAGUAAUUUUGCAUUACAAAUCAGCAUCUUCUUUUUUUAUAAUCGCCCAGCUGAGCCAGAUGGAGGAUGUUUUUGCUUUGACUCAGUUUAUUUGUAGAACACAAAACUUUUGAUUGGUGGGUAGUGGCCAAUCAGUCGACAGCAGAGAAAAUAAGAGGGUGAAAGAAAAGUGCAGAAAUUUGUGAAUGUUAAAACAUGCAUGGACCUGAGUGACGGUAAGACAAAGAAAACAGACAUAAAACAGCCAUAAACAGCAACAAUAUAUGGGACAUGGCAGUGAUGCUAAUGCUGGGAAAGAUGCUUUUGCUAACUACUGUAUGAUCCGCACUGGUACUUUGUAGUUUAUCACUCAAUUGCUGAUUUUUAUGAAAUUGGCCUGCUGCUUAAAACUUGCAAUUUUUCUUGCUCUCUCAAAAUAAGUGUACUUCAAUUGGCUCCAAUUUCGCCUCCAAUUGGAUAGAAGAGCCCGGCUCCGAUUGGUUAUUCAUUAUGGCUGUGAAAUGUCAUUGUCUGUCGGGGUUAGGAUUAGAGUUAGGGUAAGGAGAUUCAGAAGUGCGAUAAUGUUCUGUUAUGUUCUGUUCGAUGUACAGAGCCGACAGCCCGCGUUUGGUUUGAGCGUGUGAUUACGUUUCACAGCCAAUCAGAGGCGAAGAAGGCAGGACCUUCCUGUGGCAUCCUACGAAAAAAUAUAUCACGCCGCGAGGUGCUUUCAAUGUAAACACCGAAAUGCGCUCUGAACACGAGGAGGAGGCGGGGCUCUGACCAGGGUAGUUGGUAUCGGUCACAAAUCCCUCCAUUAGUUUUUCUUUACCAGCCACCGUGGCUAAAUUGGUGUGAAUCUCCAUCAUGUGAGGACUGUGUGAACAAUGUGUGAGUACAGAAAACCAAAAUGUGUGUGCUGACACAGGUGACGUUGGUACCGAAAAAUCAAUGAUUGUGACAGUAUUGAAACUGGUGCCAAGCCCAACACUGCUUAUACAAAGGUUGCACUCUGUAAUGGAUCUUUUUAUUAUUUCCCAGCAUAAACACACAGAUGUGUGAUCCUAUUGAGAAGGUAACAAGGGAGCAUUUGCCCCAGUCUGAGCCAUGUUUAACCUUGUGUUUAUUCACUCUGCUCCAUUGUGUUAGUGUUUACAUCUCAGAGGAGUGUUGGCUUGAAUUAGAUUGCUUACUUUGUCGAGAUGGAACAAUGUACAGCUGAAGAUCUGUUAUUAUUAAAGUAUUUUUUGCCCUAAGUUCAAGUUUUUUUUUUUACACACUUGGUCAUGCAUCACCCUUUACCCUCUGCUGGUACCCCACAGCACCCCUGGGAUCACUACUGAUGCCAAACACUAAACAUAGCCAUUCUGGGAAGUCAUUGUUAUGGUUAUUUAUAGGGCACAGUGGAGCUGGCAGGGGGAAGAAAGUCCUCCUCUGUGCCCUGUGUAUUUCAUGUGGCCCCAGUGUGUGUGUGUGUGAGAGAGAGAGAGAGGGAGAGGGGGAGAAGGAGAAAAGGGAAACAGUGUGCAGUCAUAUAUUCACCAUAGGGUUUUGCCUGUGGCUCUGAUAUUUAUAAGUCAUUUUGGUACAAGAGUAUUUUGGGAGUCGCCCCUGAGACACAUUUGACUUGUUCCAUGAUCCUUAUACUUUCAUUUUUAUUCGCUAACUUCACUCCUUUUGUCUCACCCACUAUCAAGGGCUUUUGAAAAACUCACUGCAAGCUCCUUCAGUGUGAAUUUCGCCCCCAUCACUCAUUAAGUUUUAUUCAUCUCAUAACUGUAAAGGGAAUAUAUUGAUUCAUUUUAAUAUGCUCUGCCUUUUUUUGUGAAACAUCAAGUUUUAUUAUCCUCAUAAUAUUCUUCAUUUCCGUUUUGUCCUUAACUUGUUGAGAUUUAGUCAGCUGCAGGAUAUUCAUACCCAUCCAUCAAAGCAAAUGGCUGAGUCAUGCUUCGCUGCUGAGGAUCUCUUGAUCUUUGUGUAUGUUUGAAUCACAACAUUGAAGAUGCUAAGCACAGUUGUGGCUACAUCUCACUUCAGAACUAAGAAUGGGGGCAGGUCAUAUUAUUAAAGUCUUGAUGCAGACACUUGAGCUUGAGCACCUGCCGAUAUUUAUGUCCGAUCUGGUUCCAGUAUAAAAUUGAUAGACACAAUUCUAACCACAGAUAAAGCUGGUAGUUGUAUUAGUAUUUGAAUUCACCAUAGUCACAUUCAGACAGAUGAGACCUAAAAUUCAAAACAAUCCAUCCUCCUUUAGGAAAAUCCCAAAGGUGAAACUUAACCUGUCAUCACGGAAUUCCAGAUUCUUGCAAGUCUUUGUCUGGUUUAUAUAAAAGUGUCCCAUAGCUGUCCUUAUUCAUUGUGAACUUGAAAAGAUGCCAAGCUAGCGAGAACCAAAUGGUGGAAAAUAUCACUUUGGUGGGCCAAACUUAGGACAUAAGGGUACAGAAAGACAGGACAUAGUCAUAAUUAUUUGAUGGGCACCUUAUCAUCUGAGCUAUCGUGAAUCCGUAACUGUAUUCUGUUGUCAUAGCUUAAGAAAUGGUCUGUGAUGAUAUAAUUUUUCAGUCAACGUGAAAGUAAAAAGCAUUGGUGCUACUGUAGAUGCACAAUGUUUGCAGGACUUCUUCAACUAGGAUAAAGUGACAUAGUCCAGGACCCGAGGUAAACAGUUUAGCGGCGCUACAACACGCAGGAGGUCCCGUUUGACAUGAAACAUUUGGCUUACUUUGUUAGAGCGGUUUACCUGUCCAGCAGUAAGGUUACAGGGUCCGUAAGAUCCCGAAGCAUCCCCCAUCAUUAUUGACCCUGCUUUUUUAGCUCUGGUCCAGAUGGUCCACCUCCUUUUUGCCCAUUAUUCCGACAGUCUCUGGUAUUUACCUUGUUUCCUUGCUUGUGUUGGUGGUCGUGACUAAAGGAGGAUUCAGACAAUUUUCUGUACUAUCUGGUUGGUUUCUACUGUCCGAUAGAUGUUGUAGCACACUAACUUUGUUUGGGCUCCUGAACGACACGGGGGAGCAGCGUCUGCCUCACAACCAAUCAGCACAAGGGAGCAGUGUCCACCUCACAACCAGUCAGGUUGGGGGAGGCAGGGAAUGGCUUUGUUUACAGUCAGAAAGAGCGGAGUGCUCAAAAAUUUUUAAAUGUUGACUACACAGACAUGACAAAACACAGCAAUAUCGUGAUAUUCCCAAAUGUCAAUGACUAAUAGCUAUUGACUGAUAUUAAAAGCUUUUUUUGUAUAUACACCACAAAAAGAAAGAUGCUUCUUUAACGGAUUCCUGCCUACCCCACCUUUAAGUGUCUCACCCAAUGACUCAUCUGCAUAGGGAUGUGUCAAAGGACACUGUUGGAUUCAGGAAUUGAGCCUCCCAAUUGAAAAACAGCUGACUUCAUCAGUGGCCAUUAAACCUUUUUAGAAAAGAACCUCUGUAAAUACUAUUGAUUUGAACACUCUUGAUAAAUAGGGGCUUUAGUGCUUUCAGGCGUUGAUAUUAAUUAAAACUGUGGGUCCAUAUUAAUUCACAUUAACAUUUUUUAUCACAGACUGUACUUGGUAGUCCUGACCUUGAGUAGAGAGAAGUCCUUUUGUAGAACAGUCUGGAUCCCAGUCUGCAGUCCCCACAUAUUUUGUUACAUAACUAACCUUGCUAUAACAUUCACCUGUGUUUUAUAGAUGAAUCAAACUGUAAUGAUGAUUUCAUUUCUUUCUUUCUUUGCAGGAUAUGAGAAAACAUGUGAUGAUGACCCUUUUUGACACCGAGCAGUCAUAUGUGGAGUCACUACGCACUCUCAUACAGGUAACACAUACUCAUACAUUUGACUGCAGAUAUUCUUGCAUGUGUCGUCUAAUAAGUGAGUAAUCGUCAGACACACACUGUACCCUAAACACACAAAGAAGUUAUGUAAUCCACUUAUUGUCAUUCCUCCUGUGAGGUUAAGCUGCUAACCUCAUCGCAUCUCACUGUCAUCAGCAAUAUCUGCCCACACACACACGCACACACACACACACACACACACACACACACACACACACGCACUGUACAGUGAACUAACCUAAACCUGUAAUCUUAGCCAUAUUCCUCUCUCUGACAUAUUCAGGCACACUUGCCACCUGUGUCUGUGCGGACAUGCAUACAUGCAUGUGUGUGUGUGUGCUCACCAAGGAAAUAAUCCUGGGCUGUGUUCCCAUGGCGACAACUGGAAAGAAAGAGUUACCACAGUGACUGCAGUGAAAGUGCAGAUCCCCGAAGAAGAGAGUGUCAGACCAGAACAGCUGGACAGCAGCACCGUCCUAUGUUGAAAUUUGGCUUAUUGUCAUUUAAAUUUUCCCGACUAUGGAAAGUUUGGUUGGAUAAGAACUAUUCUGACUCUUGCUUUUCAUUAGAUCAAUUAAUGAAGGGCCCUGGUACGGCGGCAGAUUCAGCAUAAAGUGACUCAUUGAACAGUUCCUGGUGUCCCCUUCAUCCAUUCUGCACAUCUCAACAUUUUUAAUCCUUUCUUUUAUGUUUUAAAUUGGCAGCCUCAGACUUAAAACUCCUUAACCUCACCAGCAUUGUUUUCAAACACCCGAGGAAGCUGUUCAAGUGUAGGGCGAGUGUUGGGUCUAAAGAUUUUUUGGAUCAGAGUCAAGUCCUUAUUACUUGUGUCCAACUGACUCCCCAUUACCCAAGUCGAGAUCCAGUCCUGAUUAUUGAUGUAGGCCUAUUUCAGACAGGGUUGUUUUUUCUACCGUGUUAGCCCGGACUGAUUAGUAUGUAGAAAACACAUUUCUUUUUUGAACAUUAAAUUAAAAUAAAAAAGAAUUAAAGGCAGAAAACUCAUUUUAAAUCCCUUUUAUUGCUAAAACAACUGAAAAAGAAUGAGGUAUUUUGUGUAAAGUGCAAACGGUUAAGUUAACUUCCAACUCAAAAUGAGGAACACUCGAUAUACUGUAGGCUACCGCUCUUCACGCCGACAGGAAGACCGACAGAUCAUCUCAGUAAUAUUCCAUGUAUUUAUCAUGAAUCAAACUCGGACUAGAAAAGCGCUUUCAACCCCACCCCCCUCGCCGAUCGGUGCCUCCACGUCUUAAGUCACGUUACUCAUUUCCGGUCCCGUCUCAUCUGGAGACAUGCAGCUGCCUCAGUAAGAGAAGUAGCUCGAUCACGUAAUGUGUACUGUUGGUUAUUCUACCGUUACUGGCAUGCCUAACAGUGUAGCAAGGCUAAUAGCAGAUGGCUAACUCUAGCUUUAGCUAGCAUAUUACAUGGUGCAUCACCGUUAACUCGGCGUGACCGAGACCAGCACAGCGGGGAACAUCGUGAAGUGGGUUGAACUGAGACAUGUUGACUUAUUGAGUUCUUCACAAACUGGCUUAUUUACCGUUGAGGCGGACCACUCUCCUCCCUGACGCUGCCUUGCUUUAGAUCCGUCACUCUGCUGAGCUGUGAGGUAGUUAGUGGAUGAAGAUUGUCAUGAGGUCGCUGCGCCAUCUACUGGAUAAAUCAGCGAAACAUUUUCGAAGUGAAACCAAAUCGUAUUCUCCACAUUUAAUUUCUGAAAAUAACGGUGACAAUCGGCGAGUUUUGGCCGAUUACCGAUUUGUCUCAAACGGGCUAAAAUUGGCCGAUUUAAUCAGCUCGCCGAUAAAUCGGUUGGGCCCUAAACUCUUAACUUAUCAAGUAUGUGCUCUGCUCUUGCCUACAAUUACUGCAAAAUCCUUGAAAGCAGAAGUCAUGAUUAUUAGCACCUCUUGAUCGUGGCAUGAAAUGUGGCACACAGGUAAACUUUAGAGAUAAGUUGUAAAAUCUGAAAAUAUUGUUUGAUUAUGGUUUUCUGCUGUUGCACCGGCAGGGUAUUAGAGGGCAUUCUCAGAGAGAAACGUACAUACAUGGUAAACUCUAUUCUAAGAAAUAAAUGUAUUGUAACAAAGAUUAAUUUAGAUCAUAUUUGUUAUCCAGAUAAAUCCUAUGUGUCAUCUCUUUAAGUGAAAUGGAGAUUAACAUUAAUGUCUCCAUUCGAAAUUGGAAUUGACUCACCACUAAGCUUCAUUACAGCAGCACUGACAUCACCAGUCUCUCCCGUAGGUGGCUCAUGAUGACCUAUAUUUGAGAUGACACAUCGAUCACUCUUUUUGUGCCCCUCCUGACCUGAAAAACUCCCUUCUGUGCUCUGAAAAAAAAGAAGAAAACUGCCUUGUUUUUGGGUACCAGCAGCAACCAUCAGUUGUAAAUGGCAGUGCACAAUUGAGGCCCACCCACCUGCAGCCCUUAUUUUGCUGUACAACCUCCACAAACAAAGAGGAGCUUUAUGAUUCAGGUAUUUGCAAAGCAGUCAGCUCUCAUUGUACAAGCGGUACAAUCAUGAAAUUGCUGAAAUUCUUUGAUAGUAGAUUUUUUUUAUAGAGGAAACAACCCUGUCCUGGUUUAUUUUCAACGUUUUGUCUUCAAAGUCCGGAUUUUGGAUGAUAACUUUAUAUAUAUAUGUUUGGUAGUGAAUGACCUAUCAACACUUAAUAAUUUCUGGACAAUUGUAUAUUUAUGAGCAUGAAGAUCUUUGAGGUCAUUUGCAUUUCUUACACACCUACUAAUGAAACAUCCUGGUCAUAGAUCAUCAAAGAGGUCAAUUGGAUGAAAAUAUGAUUUAGUUAUAAACAGCUCAAUCCUUCCCUGUGAGAUAAAGUGAGUGUUUCCUGGCAGUAGUCAGGCGUUUAUGAAACGCAUUUCUUAGAAAACAAAGUGAAAGGAAGUGCAUGCUGAAUCCCCGCUGCUUCCCUCUUUGUCCCGACCCUCUUCAAUUCAACUUUUAUCAGCGGAAGAUCAGUUUAGUCAUCAAAUGUGUCAUAAAGUCAGGCAGUGAGCCACGCACAACUUGUCUUGACUUUACAGCUUCUGGAGACUCAGGGUCACAUCUGUCUGAGUUCAUUUUGCACAGCUAAUUGAAUCUCCAAAUCUCUUUCAGCUCCAGUGCAUUGCAGAGAGCGGGUUUGUGUGUAUGGGGAGAGAGGGAAACUGUCAGAGUCCAGCUUGUUAGUUUGAGAACCUCACGGCUAAAUGUACAAAAGCAGCUUUCAUUUUGAGUGUUAGGUUACCUUGAGACCUAAUUUAAAAAAGAAACGGAGAAAAGAAAAGAAGGACAGACCGUCAAGCACACAGUAUAUGUCGACUGAAUUUUCUGUAACACUUAAAGCACUGCUUAAUCUGUUUGCUUUUUGCACCUACAUGUCUGAUGCCACGUUUAUGGCGUAUCCCUCAGCAAUUAUGAGUAAUCAAGCUGGGAAAUUCACGUCAUUGCUGAUACAUGUUAUAUGAUAGCUAUUUGAGUCACAUGGCAACUUGUGCACUUCCACAAUAUUUUAAACUACCUCCUGCUAAUGUGAACUAAAUGAAAUGUAUUAAACUGCGUGUCUUGCUCCCUUAGGGCUACAUGCGUCCUCUCAAACAGCCCGAUGGCAGCUCCAUUGUGGACCCUCUGCUGGUGGAUGAGAUGUUUUACCAGAUCCCAGAAAUCCUGGAGCACCAUGAGCACUUCCUGGAGCAAGUGGCCAACUGUGUCGGCCAAUGGCAUGACAGACAGACGGUUGGAAAUAUCCUCGUCCAGUCGGUGAGCAGACAUGUACCGCAUUUGCAGAGUUCUGGCUAUAUUCUGAAUCAUGAGGAUGCAUUUCACCCAGCUGAUGUCAAAUAUGGAUGUUUUUGUCAUUCCAUUAUUCUCCAAGUAAUAAGCUCACUGAGAUUAACUAUUUUUUUUCCAAACAACUGAGAUUUGAAGGUGCUUUAAGAGCUUUAUGUCUCACUCUGACACUAAACUAACUGUGGCAGCCUAUAGAAGGCCUUUAAAACUUGUAUAACUUUUAUGAGAAAGGUAGCCGGGGAAGUUCUGUUUUUUUUUCCCCCUGAAGUUGCCUGAAAUUAAAAGAAAAACACGAUUGAUGAAGCAUGUCGCUGCAGUUUAACACCUCACUGUGUGAGUGUCUGACUAAGGUCUAAAGUUCAGAGUGAUCCCAUCUCAUUGCUGUAGGAAUGUAUUAAGUUCAUGUCAGUAUUGUUGGCUUGUGUGUGUGAAGGAUAAUAUUGGAGUGUGAGAUAGUUAACCCUUUGACACACAAAGUAAUCCUUCUACUUCCCUGACUAUCACCCAUCAUAAACUCAUAAGGCUCUUGGUGUGUUCGAGUAACCGGAGAAUCCUGACAGCGUAAAUCAAAGUGUACAAGUCCCCAAACAAGCUAGAGUUCAAUGAAUGAAAUGUAUUCUUGUAAACCACCAAAACACCAGUGAUCAUAGACAUAGACACGAGACAUGAUUUAAUAGUUUUUAAACCCUACAGGAUAAGAUACAAGGACAAUAUCAUGUCAAGAUUAGUGUUUCAAAUGCUUUUAUCGAGGUCACCCGUUUUUUUAUUGAUGCGCCUUUCUAUCAAAAUGACAUGAAGCUGUUUUAUAGAGCAUAAGUCUAUAGUUGGCAGCACUACAUCAUCUUUUUGUUUUUCCUCUGACCUUUAUGUGACCCAUUUCAAAUUUCCCAUGACCCACUGGUGCCUCUAAACCUAGACUUUGAAAAACAGUGCUCUGAAACAUCCGUGUUUGGCCCGGUUUCAGGUUUCAGUCUUUGAGAGCACAAGAGUGAAGGACUUCAUGUUCAGGCUAACAUUAUUACAUUGAGUCAGAUGUUGGUAGUAGAAAGUGGUAAAAGGACUUGUUGAUUUAUGAAUAGACAAGAGAGUGUUGCAGCAACAAGUUUUUAGGAUUUUUUGAGUGGGGGAAACCCUGAAGCGUCUCUUGCUAUGUUAGUGCUAUUGUUGUUGCUCAGAGCACCUCACAGCUUGAAUGAAACAGAUUCACAGACUCAAUGAAAAGACAAACUGUCCCACAAACAAUGUGAGGACUGCAGAAACCACAAAGGGAGGCAAGUCUUGUAGGUUGUACAUGAUAGAAAAUGUAGGAAAAUUGUUCAAAUUAGAUGUCAGAAACAGUAAAUCUAUGUGAGAGGUGUUUUUCUCUGUCUAGCUGAAGCACUGCAGCUCCUCCACAUUGCUCACAUAGGUCCUCCCUGACACGCUCUCUCCCCUCCCCCCUCCUGUUGUUGCUGCGGCUCUUAAAGCUGCAGCUGCUGCAAGCACUGCAGGCCUCGUUGGCGCAGUAGGCAGCGCGUCAGUCUCAUAAUCUGAAGGUCGUGAGUUCGAGCCUCACACGGGGCAGUCUUUUCUUUCCUCUUCUUGCUACUAUGGUGUAAAUAAAAAUCACAGCAAUGUCCCACUGGUGGCCCUGUUUCACAUAUUGAAUUCCUGAAUUGAUCUCCUUCCUCUUUUUUAAAACCGUGUUUUUUAAUUUUUUGUUAGUCAUCUUUUGUCUCAGUGUUUUAACUCAAAAUGCUGCAUACUGUUCCUGGUUGGACCUCAGACAUCUGUCUUUUGGUAGGGUAUUUCUCGAACUAAAAGAAAGCUCAUGUCAGGAGGAAGAAAAGGUGCUGGAAUCUACAAAUAAACACAUAUUGUAAUCAAUGUCUGUCUCUUCUUCUCUCUUUUAAUGCAGUUCUCCAAAGAGGCUCUAGCUAAUAUGUAUUCAGCUUACAUUGACAACUUCCUCAAUGCCAAAGAUGCUGUGAGGAUUGCCAAGGAGGCCAAGCCAGCCUUUCACAAGUUUCUGGAGGUGAGUGUUGGACAGAGUCACAGGACGUCCUGUUUGUCCUGUUUGUCUAAGUGGCUGCUUUUAUGUGUUUGUCUGGAAAUCCGGGAACCAGUCGAGGAACACUUUCACUCAGCUUUUGGAGCCUGGAAAAUAAACUCUGACCACACUGUGCCAAUACUGAGACCUGCUAAUGCUCAAGUUGAGAAGUGUUUUGUUGUCUCUAUUUGCUGGUGUUAGUAUUAAGUGGAUUUUGAUGUCUUGUUGCAUGCUUAUCCCUUAGUGUGUCUUUAAAAACAGACUCUUAAAAUGCUUACCCUUGCAGUUACUUGAGUUUUGAAACAUCAAGUAUCAAUCUAUGUGAAGUGCAUGCAUGUUAUGAAGGAGAGAAAUUUACUUUAUGUGCAUUUCUGCGCAGUGCUUUGAAAUCGAUCAAAGAGACAUUUUAUUUCCUUAUCCUGCCUCAGAGUUUGAUCCACAAAAAUGUGCAAAUGAGCCCAAAUACAUCAUCUAUACUACAAAGCAUGCACAAAGGUUUAAAAGCAGCAUUAACUGGGGAACAGAGCUAAUGAAGUGUGGGUAUAACACACAUUUUAAUGAGCCAUUAAGCAUUAAUCUGGGUCAAAAGGGGCCACUUUAUUCGACAUCAGACUAAUUUUAACAGCACCUUAUUCAUAAAAAUAGACACUGGUGAAAUAUUAACUGUGUGCCGAGGGUUAGUGGUAACUGUGCUACUCACUUCCAAACUUUUCAGUGAUCAGGAUAACAUCUUUGCCUCUGGGGGACCUAAAAUGAUUACAUCUUUGCAUUUUUUGUUUUAGUAUUACUUUGGCAUCACUAUUAAUUAAACUAUCAGAGGUUUGAUCAGUCUAGGGCAGUCUGUGGCACAACUACAGCACAUACCGGGCUGUUAUGCACAAUAAAAGGUUAGGGUUUAUUAUUCUUAUUAAUAUAGUAUACAUCUGAAUGACCUUCUCUUUACUAACAGGAUGCGAUCUGGACUUAAAAUGGGAAAUUUUUGUCAUAUUUGUCAUGAAUCAAUGACAAACUUGCAUGUGGUGCUCCCUCAGCUCGUCACCUACAUGUGGACAGAACUGAAAGAACUGAGUGUUUAAUUAUUUCUUCCUUGUGAACUGAGACAGAGCAAACAAUAAGAGACGAAUGAUGUGCAGUUCUUGGUGCCUUAGACUGCUGCAGUCAAUCCUUAGUGAAUUACAUUGAGGGUUACAUGCUGAAGGGGAAUCUGUUGUAUGCAACAACACUGCCACUUUGUGGUAGAGACAUGAAGAGCAGCACCACCUGCUUUAGGAGUUUUAAGAGUGAUCCAGUUCCUUUUUGUUUGCUGACAGUCUUUAUUUAUUGCUUCUUUCUUUACAACAGCAAAACAUGAGGGAGAAUAAGGAGAAACAGGCUCUGGGUGAUCUAAUGAUCAAACCGGUUCAGAGGAUUCCCCGAUACGAGCUGCUCGUCAAGGUGAAGUAUCUCCGAACAUUUUAUAGCACUUUCGAUAAAAGAUAACAGUGUGAUUAACCAAAAACUCUCAUUCAGCGGGAUAAAACGUUUUCUCUGUGUUAAUUUUUUCGCUUUUGCAUUAGGACCUGCUAAAGCACACCGCAGAGGAUCACCCAGACCACUCAUACCUACUGGAUGCACAGAGGGACAUAAAGCGGCUGGCAGAGAAGAUCAAUAAGGGCCGUCGCUCUGCUGAGGAGGCAGAGAGGGAGGCCAGGGUCAUCCAGGAGAUCGAGGCGCACAUAGAGGGAGUUGAACAUGUAUGUGGAGAAUUCUAAUCCUGGUCCCAUAAUCCUUCACAUAUGGAUGAUGUUUGCCUAUCUAAUGUUUAACUUAGGAGCUUACUUUCUGGAGAGUCCAUAUCAGUCCUCAUAAAUGAAUCAUGAAAUGAAAGGAAGUUUUCAAAGCUGUAAUUUUUAGAUCCUGGGAUUUUCAGAUUGCUUGUUCUGUUAGCUUGUCAGUUUAAUUCCUAGACCUUGGGAGGGUAAGGCUGCAACAGUUCACAGUUAUCUUUUAUGGUAUGAAUCAAUGUUAACCUCAUUCUGUUUGUGUUUGUGUUAGAUUCUCAACCCUCAGAGGAAGUUUUUGAGACAGGAAAUGGUCAUGGAGGCGGUAAGAGGCACUUAUUAUAUCGACAAAUGUUUGUGACUUUGAAAGAUUUCUAGAUUCCCAGGAAAAUAAGCAUUAGUUAUAGUAAUUUUAAAGCAAUUUUUUGAUUGUGGAGCUUAAAUUUUUAUUUGGAUGCUUCAUUAAUAGAGUGUAGAGCUAAGCUUCUUCCCUCUUCUUCUUUUCACCCUGCAGAAAACAGUUGGUGGGAAAAAAGACCGUUCCCUCUUCCUCUUCAGUGAUCUGAUCAUCUGUACCACUCUCAAGAGGAAGUCUGGCUCAUUAAGACGCAGCUCCAUGAGCCUGUACGCAAUCCACAAACACAUACACACAAAUAAAACCCUGACAGGGAAGGUCAGACACACACAGGCGUCAGGUUUCAGUUAUAGGACCACUCUGCCCUCUGGUGUUAAAAAACAAAUAAUGUUGACAAAAGCAGGGCUUCAGAAUUGACUUGCUGUUCAUCAUUACUCUUUGUUUUCUGUCUCCCUCUCUGUCGCCCUCUCUUGCUCUCAGAUACUCUGCUGCAAGUGUGAUUGACACUUCCAGUAAAUACAAGUUCUUAUGGAAGCUCCCUCUGGAGGAUGUGGAGGUGGUAAAAAGUAAGACACAGAAAUUCUUUGUUUUAUUGUCUGUUUUUCUGAAUCUGAAAAUUAAAUAUUUCAGCUCCAGGGCUUUAACAGGUCUGGUUUCAACAGCGAUGGGAUUCAUAUUGUAAAUUGAACAUUUCUGCAUCAGGUUCCACUCAGGCGACAAACAAAGAGAGCAUCCAGAAGAUGAUCAGUCGACUGGAUGAGGAUCUCAGCACUCUGGGCCAGAUCAGCAAACUGUCUGAGACCCUCAGCUUCCCACAUCAGGUACUUUGUGAUGUGUUUAUUCUUUUUUUUUAUGUUCCAUGAGACGGCCAAACAUCUUACAGUGAUUUCUUUUUCUCCCCCAAGUCCCUGGACGAGGUGAUAAAGGAUCUUAUGGCAUCGGUGCACAGGGAGCUGUCAGAGAAACAGUCACUGGCCUUCAGUAUGACCUGCCUGCCCACAAAACUGGAGUUUACUACAGCCUCUGUUGAGAGCAGCUUUGUCUUUGAGUUUACUUCACCAGAUACACGGUCCAACUUUGAGCAGGCUUUUGAAGAAGCCAAGAAGAAGCUAGGUCAGUGAAAAAAUCUGUUUAGAUUUCACUGGGCUUAAAUUAGACACACAAAGAAGUGGAUGUAGAUGUUUCAUUUCAGUAUCUGCACUCAAAAAACUGAUAAAUUGAUUAAGGUCAAUGCUGCUUUAUCUCAAAAUCAAAGUGUCAUGUUGUCUUUAUAUGUAGCGAUGAACAAGGACCAGUGGGACCCAGAGUUUUUGAAGGCUAUCCCUAUCAUGAAGACACGUAGUGGGAUGCAGGUGAGGACAGCAGAUGUAUAGUUUCUGUAUAUUUGAAAGUAAAAAUCAUGAUCUGCACCAGUCACUUAAACCAUACAAGACAUAUUCACCACUCCUCUUCCUUUAUGAAUCUUUAUCUCUAGUUUUCCUGCGCGUCUCCAAGCCACAGCUGCCCUGACAGUGGCUGUGAGGUCUGGGUGUGCAACAGUGAUGGUUAUGUCGGACAGGUAAGACAAAAUAACAGAAAUGAAAGCUAAGUAUGCCACUCUAAAUUUCUUAAUGUAGUCAACAAUUUGACUGAUGAGUUGCUAAUAUUUGUGAUGUUUUAGGUGUGUCUCCUCAAUAUCAAAGAUGAGCCCACAGUGGAGGCCUGUAUUGCUGUCUGCUCAGCUAGAAUCAUCUGUAUUGCUGCAGUGCCAGGACUCAAAGGACGGUCAGUUCACACACACAACACGACACAAACACAUUUGUAUUCACACAUAAAGGACAACCCACUGAGCAUUCUUUGGUCUAAAAGAGGUCUAAUAGAUGUCUAAAUGUAGCCUAGACGACAGGUCUAAAAUCAGGCUACCACAGGUCCAAAAAUGAAAGUUUUCCAGACGUCUAACUUUCAACCAAGUCUAAAUCUGAGCUAUAUCUAUACUACACUGUAUAUUGCUCAACGGCUAUCAUAAUUAUUUUGGUUAAGUACUUGGAGAUCAGUUAUGCAACUCACAGCUGCUUUAAUAGUUAUGGAAUAAUGGGUUAAAGUGCAACGUCUAAAUUCAGUCUACAAAUAUACAGAAUCUAGACAGUUUAAAUUAGGUAAAAAAAAACCUAGAUGUCUAAUAGCCGUCUAUUGCUUAGUGGGAACUUAGUUUGAGCUGUCUGUGAAGCAUUAAACUCAUACAUCAGCUACAUACUGAUCAUGCCGAACUGAUGCUGUUUUAAUACCAAAGUAGUUUACGACUCCACAUUACAAGUUUAGAAGAAAAAGCAGUCGACCAUAAAGACAAUUACUCAUGACAGAAGGAAGAUUCUUCCAGUGAUGCUUUUCUGACAUCAAGUGACUGGGUAAGCCAAUUUCUAUUUAGGUCAUUAAAUGCACCUUCAGUUAGAUUGCAAAUGCACAUAGUAAUGGAAUCAAUGAAUAAAUCAAUUGUCCUUUAUUGGAGUCAAGAGAUCGCAGAGAGGUGAAGCACACUUACAGGGUUAUCAAGUGCAUCACAAAAGCAAAUUAAGAGAGAUAAAAAGCACAAAUAAAGAAACAGUACUGCGGUUAGCCAAGUGUAAGGCCGUUACCUUCUUUGAACAAGGGGAGGAUUAUCAUAAAAAGUAAACACAGGAAUGUGAAACAGGCCUAUAAUCUUUCUCCAAUGGUAUCACAGAGAAUUAAAGAAUUACAGUUUGGUAAAAUAAAUGCAGUGGUUGGAAAGUCAAUCAUCCAGUUUUUAAAUAUCUACAGAAGUUUCACUUUAAUCCAGAGCUGUAUUUUGUUCCCGGUAGAUUUCACUUAAACUCAAACCAGAAACCGUCAACAGAGCGAGACUAAUGAAGCAAAUCUGAUUAAAUGAAGCAAUAAACAGAAGAUUACAGCAUGUGGAGCUAAAACACCAAACACCUGUUUCUAAGUUGACGCAGUAAAGUUUAAUUUGUGUUGCACCAAACAAAAACCCAAGUGUGUUUCUCUAAAUUUCUUCUAAAUGAAUCUGCCUUUAUCCUUCUGCAUGUCUCAGGGAGCGUGGAUCAGAGCCCACCCUCAUCCCCAGCACUGUGGCACCUGGUCACACUCCUCAGCAGCAGCUUCACAUAUCAAUCUCUCAUUCCUCUCUGGAGCUAACGGAGCAACCUACAGGUUAGUCAACACAGGUUUUGAGAGAUAGUAGAGGAGCUAGAAGAUACCAGAGGAGCUACUUUGAAACUUACAGGGUUAUUGCAGUUAUAUGUCUGUGACUGAUAAAAUGCUUGCUUACAGUACCAGGAGCGGAGCUUGUUCCCUUUGACAGUGAUGACACUGACGAUGAGGACUCCCCCAGCCCUUCCUCUACUCUGCAGAGUCAGGCUAGUCACUCCACUAUCUCAUCCAGCUAUGGCAGUAAGUAAUAAGAAUAGAUACUCAAGUUUCAUAGGCACUUUUUCAAACUCUUCAUACUUACGCUCAUGUUUCUCUGAACUCCAAGAUGACGAGGGUCCAAGCUCAAAAGAUAUGGCUACAGAGACCACCAGCAGUGAGGAGGAGCAGGAGUUCCCUGUGGCAAGCUCUUACGGUACUUCAGGGAUGUUGGGCGUUGGAGGAGGUCGCCCCCAUUCAGAGAGCCCCAUGGAUGGCCGUGCCAUGCGCCGCUCCUCUAGGGGUUCGUUCACGAGGGCGAGUCUGGAGGACCUGCUCAGUAUUGACCCUGAGGCCUACCAGAGCUCGGUGUGGCUGGGCACAGAGGACGGAUGGUAAGUUUUGCACACAGACUUUCUGGAAUAGAUUCAGAUUUGGUUUGUGUUUUGAGUUUAAAAGCUUCUUGUUGUACUUUUUGUUCACUUACUUCUUGAAAUGCUUCUGUUUGCAUUAGCAUCCAUGUGUACCAGUCCUCAGACAACAUCCGAAACCGUAAAAACAGCAUGAAGAUGCAGCACUCCGCCUCCAUCCUCUGUAUACUGUGAGUUGAUUUUAUAAUCACAGCUUUGCCUUCAAAAAUUAUGAUACUAGACUUGAUGCUGUAAAGACAGAAAAAAAUGACAGGAUGUUUUUGGUCUUUUGCAGAUACCUGGACAACAAAGUGUUUGUGUCUUUGGCCAAUGGAGAGGUGAUUGUCUAUCAAAGGGAAGCAGGUAAGCUUUAUGUGAAACAAAGUAGGGGGAGGAUCUCUAAGGAAGGAUUGUCCCAUUAUCACUGAAUUUACAAUGUGGUUUUAAAGGUGUUAAUUUGCACUGUAGGUCAGCUGUGAUCAUCAAAUACAAAGACCAAUCAAAACCUAUUCAUGUGUGUUUUCUUGAUACUAAGUACAUCCUCGUCAUCUCAUUCUGUAGGUAGUUUCUGGGACCCUCAGUCCUCCCAGACGUUAGUUUUGGGCACGCCCAGUAGCCCUGUCACCAAAAUGGUUCCAGUGGGAGGAAAACUGUGGUGUGGCUCACAGAACAGAGUCCUUAUUAUCAACACCACGACAUUGGUACAAGAGGUAGGCACACAUGGACAGACGGUGAGCAGGUGCAAAAAUUAAGCGAUAGAGACCAGUCUGUGUUGAACACAACUCUCCUCUCAUCCCUCUCUUUUCAGCACUGGUUCCAGGUGGGCACUGACAGCAGUCGCUGCGUGACCUGCUUGGUGGCGUACGGUCAGGGUGUGUGGUUGGCGUUGCAGGGCAGUGCACAGGUCAAACUGUACCAUGCUCAGACUCUGGAGAGUUUAACAGAGGUGGACGUGGCGCCUGCUGUGCACAAGAUGCUUGCAGGUAAACACAUGCUGUAAAUAUGGGCACAUAUUUGGUAAAGUAACAUAAUGAUGAAAUGUUCAAUUUUAUUCCAGACAGAAAUUUACUGCAAUAGAAGUUUUCCUUUUACUCAUGCUUUCUUUAUGUUAAUGCUAACCUCCCUCUUUCCCUCAUUUGUAUUCUGUUGUCAUCCUAACCACUUCUCCCUCCUGACCUGACCUCCAUCUUGUCUUCUUUUUCUCUUGCUCUUUUCAGGUGCGGAUGCGAUUAUCAGGCAGCACAAGGCUGCUUGUCUGAGAAUUACAGCACUGCUGGCCUGUAAGGAUCUGCUCUGGAUUGGCACCAGUGCAGGUAAAACACAUUAAAUCUAAGUAACCUUAAAUGCAAAUUAUGUUUUCAUUAAACUGGAGAGCAUUUUGUUUCUUUCCAUAACUGUACCAGACAUUAAAAUGAAAUGUUUAUUUACAUAAUACAGCAAAACGUGCCAGGAAACUGUUAGAGAUCAUGAAAAAUAGAUCAGCUCUGUGGCAUAAACAAAGAUUUUCUUACUUAUUUCUCUAAAUUCUUUUGGUCACUUUGAUUGGAAAAGAUUGGAAAAUAAAUAGCAAUCAUCUUUCUCUGGCUUUCAAUUACAUAAGGACCGGAAAACUGUGCACACUGACUUUAUUCUACAGAAAAUGUCAAGACUUUUUAUGACUGUUUCAUAAUCUGUUGGAUGCAUGAAUUAAGCUGAUGUUCUUCUGCAGGGGUGGUACUCACACUGGCAAUCCCAGCAGUGAGCUCAGGAACUGGGGCUGGGACGCUCAAGACUCCCCUGGCGCCAAUGGGUUCGGCCCACGGUCACACGGGUCAUGUGAGAUUCCUGACAUCGAUUGAACUACCGGAAGGGUUUGACAUGAACUUCCCUCCUACAGCUACUGACUCCACAGGUGGUUACUGUGUUUUUAAUGUCUAACUCUUACUCGUCAAAAGUUUGAGAAGAUCAUUUUUACCAUUAAACUUUUGUCCCUUCGUCUCUGUCCCAGGGAACCAAUCACAGAGCGGCGGCACAGUUGAUGGGAACCUCCAGAGACGUGACUCCCCUCGCCGCCGGACUUCUGCACACAUCUCUCCUAAAACCAAUCACCUAGUAAUUUCUGGUGGUGAUGGCUAUGAAGACUUCAGACUGACCAAUAGCAGUGAAACAGUGGGACGGGAUGACAGUACCAACCAUCUUUUACUCUGGAGGGUCUGAGACAUCAAGUUUCGCACUUUUAACCCGCUCACUCUCCCUCUUGCGUGGAACAAUGCACAAGUUCCUCCUCCUCCUACUCCAGUCAGUCGCCUCACUUUUCGGUGUUGUUCUUUUGGUCUCUCGCUCAGUCCAGCAGUCUCUAUGUGCAAAUUAUUGCUGUCAGCUCCCUCUGUGACUUAUUCAGACUCAGUUUUAUUGUAUUUUGUUCAAGGUGAUGUGCAUUUUUCCUUGCUGAAUGGUAUCUGUGCAUGUCUGUGCUGUCCAGAGAAGUGUCUUUAAUACUCAAGUCUCACGUGAAGGAGACAGGAGAAGAUGAAUGUGAGGGAAAAACUUGGACUGAUGCACGUGUGUUGAAAAUAAAGACAUGCAGGAAGAACAGAGAAGAGGAUUUGACUCUGCAGAAUGUCAAUGCACAGGAGCUGGACUUGGACAUCAACCCCUCUAUUCCACCAUCAUGUCAUCUUUGAACUACAAAUAAUAAACCUCUUGAUUAUCAGAGGUUAAUGUCGUGAGCAAUGACAUGAACUUCUACGAAAUGAAACAAAGAUGAUUGAGAAACCGGAUUGGCUGGGUUUUGACAAAAGCCCCUGCUGGCAGAGCCAAGAUCAAGUAAUUCUGGGUUUGAUAAUAUUUCAUCCAAGUGAGAUCGCUUAGUCAUCCUCACCUUUGAAGAAGAAGAAGAAGAGUCAAUAAGAGUAUCAUUUAAGUGCAAUAUAUUGUUAGGGGUAUAACACAUGCACACACUUUAAUACCCAGCCUUCACUCACUGAACCUGAAAACAUAGAUGUGUUUUUCUACACUGAUAAUCAUGCUGUUUUUCAUUUCUUUUCAUCUUUGCUGCCGUUAUAAGACAUCACCACAGAAGAUGCCCAGCUUUAGAGCUGAGUAGAAAAAAGUGCAUUGGAGACAUUCCUCCUUAACGUGACUAUGCCAAAGCCUUGUUUGUGUUUAAUUUGUAACUUUAAGAAAUCUAAAAAAAAAAGUUGCAUUUGCCAUGAAUAAGUUUUUUUGAAGUUAAAAUCAGGAGAGGACUUCAGACUCUUUAAAAAUGAGUCCAGGCAGUGUGGCAGCAGAUGCCAAUAGUUUUGUACAGUAUUUAUGGUUUUUGAUUUUUAGCGCUUUCUUUUGCAGCACUUAAUUUAUAGAAGAUGUAGCUUUCACUUUUUUGUUGUCGGGUUGAAGAACAAUGUCUGGCAUGUUUGGUUUAGGCAAGCAGACAACGGGGGCAGGAGUUUAGCUGUUGUAUCCGGUCAUAAUUUCGAGAUAAAUAAAUGUAAGAAACAGGCCCUGAAUGAAAAAGGGCUGGGGAUAAUUUUGUCAUUAUUUAUCUAUGAACUAUUUGCAGCCACAAAAUAAUCAAGACAGCAAACUGAUAAGUUGUCCAAUCAAUUCAAAUUCCUCCCAUGCUGUCUCAGCACCUAAUAUGAUACUUAUUUUCAAAGGACAAAACACAGUCACGAUCACAGACCGAAAUGUUCACAUUUGUUUAAUAGUUUUUGCACAUUUCUGCAAUUAUUUCACAUGAAAAUAAAGCCCCAAUUCUUCUCUUCUACUAUGACUGCACAAACACUGAUUUAAGAGCCGUAUGCAAGUAGGUUGUAAGUGCAAGAGGAGAGUGCACAAGAUACAGAGUAGGUCAGAAGGACAAAUGGUGAGCACCUACACGUGCCUUCAGAGGGCUCAAAGUUAAGCCAAUUAAACACACACGCACACUCACAUACUCGCAGUCAAAAGUCAGCUCUGGCUCGUCCUGCAGCAGAUGUCUAGUGAAGUAAAAGGGUGGCUCUGGUUUGUCCUUGUGCACACGUUAGCCUGAGGCUUUACAGGUUAAGCAGUGAUUGUCUUUUAUCCCUCCAAGCCUAGAAAACCUCGUUGCACUUUGCCAUCUGGACCCUUCACCUCAGAUUUCCCCCACUUCACAAAUGCAUCAACAGUAGGUUAACUCUCCCAUAGUCGUCGCUGCAAACACUUAAGAGGAUUUGCUGGUUGUUGUGAUAGCCGAGCUGGUUCGACAUUUAAAGAAGCAUGGUGUUUUAAGUUUGAGUAAAGAGUUGGUAAAAGAUGAACACCACUGUGAUAUAAACAAAAAUCCAGUCAGAAGCCCAUUAGCUUAGCUUAGCUUAGCUUAAUUGUUGUCCAAACAUAAAAUUGAAUCUGAUUGGUUACUUUUUCUGUCUUUUUAAGGACUGUAACCUGUUUACUCUUGUUUAUAGUGUCGAUGCUAAGCUAAGCUAACCGGCUUCCAACCAUACUUGGAAAUCAGACACUCUUUUUGCCUCACCGCAGAGACUGAACAAUAAAAUGCUAGUUCUUUUCUCUGUUAUGUAGCUAAUCAAGUGUUUUACAGUCUGUUUGAAACAAAUGUUGUCUCAGUGCUAAAGUUGCCGUGAAACCCUCCAACAAAAAUGCUGUAUAAAAAUGCUAACUAAAGCGACAGGAUUGUUCUCUGCAGUAUGGAGUCAGCAUCCGUGAACAGUAAAAAUUCACCCUCAGCUCACAAAUAUAUGUUAAAUGACCACAGUCUCCUAAUCCUACAUACCACCGCUGUGCAAUCUUUGCUGGUAGCCUACCUGUAAUUUUUUGAGCAGAAUUUCUUUAACUUCAACCUGAAAGGUGUGAAAAUGUUGCAGUGGUAGACAGGUAGGAGGGGUGUAUGGCCCCAGUUCACCUACUUUGGGUGUAAUAUCCAUCUCUAGGUGUUUGAUAAAUCAGAAUUUCUCAGCAUUCAUGUCCAUGUCCAUUCCAGCUAUUUUGUUUCACAGCUCCAAUCAUGUUUUCCAUCAAGGUUUGACUGAAUGAUUCUCAAUUUAGAUUGACAUUUUACUUCAAAACCUGAAUAAUAACUUGUCCUCAAAGGAGAUGUGUCCAUGGGGGAUCAUAUUUCAGUGUGUGCGUGAUAGUUUCUAACCCAGUGUAUUGAUAGCAGUAUAGCAUGCACACACAAAUGGAUCAUAGAUGUGACUUAAAGCUAUUUUUUUCCAGUCUCGAGAGAAAGAAGUAUUUUUUGUGUUAAAAACAGAAUAUUUACCUAUAAUUUUUCACCAUCACAGCAUCCUAUUAUCACUGUAACCUUCAGCAACUUGUAAGUAACCCCCUCAUGUCCGUAUGUGAAAGAAGUCUUUAUUGUUGUAAAUAUUAGUAUAUUGCCUUUUUCUGUAAAUAGUGCACCCAUGGUCCUCAAUUGUUGAUAUGAAUCUAAUGGCAUAUUUUUAUAUAUUUGUGUAAGUUUUUUGUUUUUUUUUGUACUAUUUUCUCCUUUUCUUUUCUGGCAUGUGCUGUCAGUGACGUUUAAAUUAUAACUGUCCUAGGUCUUAAAAACCGAUAUGGCGUCUGUUGUAAUUUCAGUGACAGACAGAUAAAGCUUCGGCGUUGAUGUCUUUGUCUGCUAGCCGUGUUAGCUCCAAAUCAUAUGCCUGCCAUGUCACAGACUUCUACAUGAAGGAAAACAAAAUGUGGCAGUUUUCCUCCGACCACCGGGACAUCAUGACUGUGUUUAUCUCUGCCUCUGGUUGACAUCUUUCAGUUGUCAAGGUUACAGUCUAUCAGAAUAACUUCCUGUAUGUAGCUGUUUUUCUGUCACUGUGGGUUCUUCUUUGUAAUUAAAUCAGAUCACUGGUGUCAGUUUUUGUCUCAGUUUUUGAGUCUCAUAAAACUCAAGUAUUUGCCAUGAAACCAUGAAAUGAUACUGCUCAAGAUGACACCAGGCUCCAGCUGAUUACACGCUUUUCCAAGGAACACAGCAAACACCAGAUGAUGAGUGGGAAGUUGAGGAAGGAAGCAAAGAAACAGUUUACAUUAGCAUGUGUUAAAAGCAGAUAUUUAAUAGGAAGGAAAUGACACGAUGUCGCCAUGUUCCUGAACUUGAUGUCACUCUGGGUUAUUAAAGGCGAGUGUUUUAUUCUUAACAAUGUCACAAUGACUUCGCAUAAAAAGGAUUGAAUGGUUAUAAAUGACAGAAAAAUGAUCUGUGAGUUUAUGAGGAAUAAUGUGCAUACUUCUUUUAGGGCUUCUCAAAGCAAAAGGGCUUUUUGGUUCAACCCCAGGCUGAAAACACGGUGCACUAAAUGUCCUUUAAUGACCCUUAAUUUGGAAAAAUAGGAAAGGCCCUUAGGCUGGGCACAGUUUGAGUCUGGCUUCUCAUUGCCCAAAAAUAUCCUUGUUGGAGUUGUCUUGUAACUUUCAAGUUUUUGGAUAGAUUCUGCGACAGACUGAAAUAAACAAUGAUACCUCUCUAUGAUGUGCAAAAGCAAAUGAGACGAUUAAUGACAAGUUUAACAGUUUCUUUAAUACCAUUUUUAAUGCUUCUAAGCAGCUUUGGUUACUUUUCCUAUAGCAGAUAUUCGCGUCAAAAUUGUCAAAAAACAACAGGAGUAAAUUUUGAUCACUUUUAAGAUCACUGUCACGCUAAGAUCAUGGGUGUGAUGAAAUUUUCCAAUCUUUUGUACCCACAGCCAUCAGAAUUUCACACUCUUUUAUAAAUAGUAGGUGACUUUUUAGACAUGACAAAUGAGACGUCAGACGAUUGAAUUUCCCUUCGAGGACCAAUAAAGUUAUUCUUAUUCUUAUUGUUCUUAUUCUUAUUUGCAAAGUUAUAAGGUCACCGCUUUUUCCACAGGGGGGUUUCCACAGUUGAGAAAGACAAAGUUCCUCAGGGGAGCUUUAAAGGGGACAUAACAAACCCCCUUUUAACUAUUUACAACAAUUCACAGAGGUCUAAAUGAAACAUCUGUAUAAUCCUCUGGUCAAAAAAUGUCAGUCGUGGGAGGCUUUGAGUGGCUGGAAAGGCCAAAGUCACGUGUAAGAGGUCAGGCUUGUGAUUGAGGUGAUGCAAUCAGGUGUUUUUCUAUUCAAACCCAACUGGUCAAACUCCCUUUUAAACCUAAAUAAAGCUUGGUUUGUACUUCUAUGUGGUCUUUGCUGUCCUGAGCACUACAUUUCAUGGCUGUUUUUGCAAGAAAACAAGAUGACUGACUCAAAGUAUAUGGUGUUUGAGUUGAUAAAUGUUGAAUGGCAGUUGAUCAUCCUGCAGUUUUUGCAAAGAAGAAAAUACAGAUGACAGAGGAGACAUUGUAUAGCCAGUGUACAUGCAGAGAACAAUACUACCUCGCACACCAAUCAUCGGGCUUGUAAUCUGCAUCGUUACAUUUUUGAGGAGGUUUAAAUUAGGCGACAUACAGUAUGUAGACUUCUGUGUCGGUAGAGGACAUUAUAUAAGAAUAUGAUAAGAAUCUACUCAUAUCUUCAGGUGCACCUCUUGUCUCAUGUUCUUCGUAGUAGUCCCAUCAACAGGAACAGGGUCCCCAUUGUAGAUUACACAAGAAUGCCUCAUCCUUGCUCCAUUAUUCAUUCAACUUUAACCCACUGACCCACAAAGAACAGUAUUGUGAUAUGAUAGCUGUACACUGUAUGAAUGCACACUAUUCAGAAUACUUAAAAGCAAAUGUUGCCCCUUCCUCCCUAAUGGCCACACAUACACACAUAGAAAUACACGAGUUUUGGCUCCCUGCACACACAGAGUAUUCAAAGGAUGCAUCAAACAGUGAAGCUGUGUGCGACGAAUGAAAGGAGCAGCACAGAGACUCAGCUGUGACUGUCAUGAAUGACUGACUGAUAUUGUCAGUCAUUGACUCACUCUGACUCACUUCAGCCCAGCGGAAGAGCCUAGGCCUGAAGAAAUUUCCUCCAUUCACUGAAAUUAGAUUUGUAGUGUAGUUUGUGUGUUACAAUUGUCAUUAUUGACUCCAGCCACCUACAUAAAGCAUUAAAACACAACAUGGUUUGUAAAGUACACACAUUAUAGGACCUCCAACUUUAUUUCUAUGACUUUGUUCUUUGUCUCAUUGGGCAUCAGGGUGAAAAAACAUAAUAGGAAGUCUGAUUAUUUCUGGUAAAUUCAUUGGAAUAUUUCACGUCAUAUUGUAUUACAUGUUGCUAUUGGAAAAGAACAGGUGAAUAUCAUAAACUAAUGAUGGCUGAAUUCCAUUUAGCUGCUUUAGUCUCGCUGUCUGGCUUUACCAGGCCCAGGAAUAGAACCAUGUUAAUGUUAUUAGCAACACCUGUGCUUUUCCAGCAGGAACAAGUCAGACUAUAGGGAAGAGUGGGGUAAGAUGAGCCAUUUUUCAUCUUUCGGAUCACUACAUCAAGAAAAUUCUACUUUUGUCUCUCACUAGUGUAUCUGCAUAUAUUUCAAGAUGUUGUGCAUCCUUGUAAACCAACAGAAUGAGUGUAAACAUAACUGUCUUGAUGAUGUAGCAUGCCAAAAAAACUGACCCUGUGUAUGGGGUAAGUUGAGGCCGUAUCCGUACUAACCCCCCACUGUCCACCCCAACCC